CUCUGAACAUGCUCUGUAUUCACUGCACACACACACACACACAGUAUGUUGUCUAAGGCUGUCAGCAGCUGCGUGACGUCAUAACAGCGCGACCCGGAAGCGACACCCACGUGUUUCACUGUAGGAGGACGCUGGCAGAGUUGAGACCGAAAGGGUAAAAUCUAUAUCUUUUAUUUCUUGUGAAUGUUUACAUGGAAGGCAGAGCUUGCUGGAUAUGUGCAUGCUAACACCAUGUUAUUGCUUCUAGUCUCGUCUUUUAUUCAAUAAGGAGAUAGGUAGUGACAGAAAUAUCAGACUGAUGUAUGUAAAGCCAUGAAAAUGUAAUAUUUCAAUCUAUUUAUCAUGUAUAACACUCCCUGUGGCUGUGUUUCAAAAUCCUUGGAGUCUGGAAAACACUUUGUUUCCCUGUGUAUUUUGAACUCUUUCUAUUCAGGUUUCAAAUCAGUUUGUCAGCUUUCAGCAUUUUCCUAUUUUAUUUUUAUAAAUAGUCUAAUCAUCCAAUACUCAGGUUAUAGUUCAGGAGUGUUAAACAUUGGACCUCCAGAAGAAUAUCUACUACUGCUCAAUCAAAUGUUAGCUGGAAACUCAUGUAAAUGUGGUUUAGCAGCUGGAAGACCAAGUUUACAUCUACAUGUACAUCAAUAAACCUGUUCUAAUUGUAGAUGUUAAACGCAUUUCUAUGGUUUUUUUUGUUUUUGUGUGUGUGUGUGUGUGUGUGUGUGUGUUGUGAUCACUGUAACCAAAAUAGUUAAAUAACUGCAAAUUGAUUUAUUAAAAAGAUUGUAAAUAUAUGGGGUUGAUUAAAAACGACCACAUGAUUCAAUAAAUUGUGUUAGUCAAGACUCUUUUUCAAAUUGUAAACAAGUUUUCUACUUUGACUUUUUCAGCAUAAAAUUGAACAUUAAUUUUGAAUUCUUCACAGUUUAAUGACCAACCCUGAUGUAACAGAAUAUUUUUUCACCCUUCUUAGUUCACUCAUGUAAUUUGCUUUUAGUAUGGUAUUAGGCAUGUCACCUGGUCACAUUUUGAGUGACAGAAAUAAUAAUGUAGCAAGUGAAGCUGGCAGAUUCCUCUGUUUAAUUUGGGCCAUUGUGAAAUGAUCAGAAAACAACUAUAAACAAUGGUCUCUGAGUCUUGACAAGCCGUUUAAAUACAGGUCUGCUCAAUACAAAGCACAACACAGGUGUAAAGGUCAGGAAGUUCACAUUUUCAAUUUGAUUAAUGACAGCUCUAAAACAAUCACAUGUAAGGUAUGUUGGGAGUUAAGUAUUAACAUUUUUGCACUCACCUUUGCACCAGUUGUGUAAAUGGUCUAUUUUCUUAUAUAUAAAACUAUACCUCUAUCUUUUUACUUGGGACAUUUUUUUUUUGUAAUGCACCAAAAUAAUCUUUUUUCCACCGCUUUUUAUUGCUUCUUUUUCCUUGAUGAUUUUACCAUUGAUUUCAUUCACAAAAUAAUACAAAUGAUUAAUAUUGCUAGGGGACACUCGGCAAUCCUUAAACAAAAAGAAGAUUGUGAAACUUGUUUACCUGUAACAGAAAAAUCACAAUUCUCUGUAAAGAAAAGAAGGGCAAACUGGACAAAUGUGGCACAUAAAGGAAAAUAUUUGUGCAUAGAGAAAGUGAAUAUACCAUCAACUGCGUCACUUUUUAUACAUAAUCGCCAUUGUGUAUAGGUGGCUGUUGUGUUGGCAUGUGUUUUCCCUCAUCCGACAGAAACUUAUAGGUGUAGGGAAAUCAUCCUGAAAUAGAUUAAUAAACUAAAGUACUGAUGCUUAUAUUUUUGUCAAUGCGUGUAUGUGAACUAAGGUUUCUAUUGUUCGUGGGCUGCCAUGUUAAAGGAAAUGUCUACAAUUGCCACGCCGACGGUUAGCCAUAUAUGGGAUAAAACAUCCUCAAUAUUAGUUUUUAUUAAAACACAUUAGUAUUUUGUAAUUAUUAAAGUAAGAGUGAUUGUAGUUAUUCUGUGUGAGAUAGGGCAGGGCUGGAAGAGCAUUAUGUUCGAUGUUAGGGAUCGACUGAUAUUGAUUUUUUUAGAGCCGAUACCGAUAUUCUGUGAACUUUCAGGCUGAUAGCCGAUAUAAUUUGCCGAUAUUCUGAACAUUUACCAUUUUGGAAAAUAAAAACUAUUUCUAAAGGUAAAUGCACAAAAUAUACAUGCCACGUGUAGUGGAUGCAGUGUGGCAGGGGAGCUGUGUGUGUUUGUGUAGUGUGUGUGUUGUGGAUGCAGUGUGUGUUUGUGUAGUGUGUGUGUGUGUGUGUGUGUGGAGGAUGCAAUGUGUGUUUAGUGGAUGCAGUGUGUAUUUGUCUAGUGUGUGUAGUGGAUGCAGUGUGUAUUUGUCUAGUGUGUGUAGUGGAUGCAGUGUGUAUUUGUCUAGUGUGUGUAGUGGAUGCAGUGUGUAUUUGUCUAGUGUGUGGCGAUGGUGUGUAUUUGUCUAGUGUGUGUGUAGUGGAUGCAGUGUGUAUUUGUCUAGUGUGUGUGUAGUGGAUGCAGUGUGUAUUUGUCUAGUGUGUGUGUAGUGGAUGCAGUGUGUAUUUGUCUAGUGUGUGUGUAGUGGAUGCAGUGUGUAUUUGUCUAGUGUGUGUGUUGUGGAUGCAGUGUGUAUUUGUCUAGUGUGUGUGUAGUGGAUGCAGUGUGUAUUUGUCUAGUGUGUGUGUAGUGGAUGCAGUGUGUAUUUGUCUAGUGUGUGAGUAGUGGAUGCAGUGUGUAUUUGUCUAGUGUGUGUGUAGUGGAUGCAGUGUGUAUUUGUCUAGUGUGUGUGUAGUGGAUGCAGUGUGUAUUUGUCUAGUGUGUGUGUAGUGGAUGCAGUGUGUAUUUGUCUAGUGUGUGUGUAGUGGAUGCAGUGUGUAUUUGUCUAGUGUGUGUGUUGUGGAUGCAGUGUGUAUUUGUCUAGUGUGUGUGUAGUGGAUGCAGUGUGUAUUUGUCUAGUGUGUGUGUAGUGGAUGCAGUGUGUAUUUGUCUAGUGUGUGAGUAGUGGAUGCAGUGUGUAUUUGUCUAGUGUGUGUGUAGUGGAUGCAGUGUGUAUUUGUCUAGUGUGUGUGUAGUGGAUGCAGUGUGUAUUUGUCUAGUGUGUGUGUAGUGGAUGCAGUGUGUAUUAGUCUAGUGUGUGUAGUGGAUGCAGUGUGUAUUAGUCUAGUGUGUAUAUAAUGAAAGCAGAGUGUGUGCGUAAAGUGAAUGCUGUAUAUACUAAAUGCAAAGUGUGUAUAUUUGUGUAGUGUGUGUGUGUAUAGUGAAUGUAGUGUGUUUAUAUAAUGCAGAGUGUGUGUUUGUAUAGUGUGUGUGUAUAUAAUGCGGUGUGUUUGUGUAGUGUGCAUUAUAUAAACACACUACACAAACACACACUGCAUUAUAUAAACACUACACAAACACACUGCAUUAUAUACACACACUAUACAAGCACACACUACACAAACACACACUGCAUUAUAUAAACACACUACACAAACACACUGCAUUAUAUACACAGUGUAUAUAAUGCAGUGUGUGUAUAUAAUGCAGUGUGUUUGUAUAGUGUGUGUAUAUAAUGCAGUGUGUUUGUAUAGUGUGUGUAUAUAAUGCAGUGUGUGUGUGUGUGUGUGUAAUUGUGUGCAUUGUAUACAUACAAACACACACUGCAUUAUAUACACAAACACACUGCAUUAUAUACACAGUGUGUUUGUAUAGUGUGUGUAUAUAAUGCAGUGUGUGUGUGUGUAUAUAAUGCAGUGUGUUUGUAUAGUGUGUGUAUAAAAUGCAGUGUGUGUGUAUAUAAUGCAGUGUGUUUGUAUAGUGUGUGUAUAUAAUGCAGUGUGUUUGUAUAGUGUGUGUGUAUAUAAUGCAGUGUGUUUGUAUAGUGUGUGUAUAUAAUGCAGUUUGUGUGUGUUUGUAUAGUGUGUGUAUAUAAUGCAGUGUGUUUGUAUAGUGUGUGUAUAUAAUGCAGUGUGUGUGUAUAUAAUGCAGUGUGUUUGUAUAGUGUGUGUGUGUGUGUGUAUAUAAUGCAGUGUGUUUGUAUAGUGUUUGUGUAUAUAAUGCAGUGUGUUUGUAUAGUGUUUGUGUAUAUAAUGCAGUUUGUGUGUGUUUGUAUAGUGUGUGUAUAUAAUGCAGUGUGUUUGUAUAGUGUGUGUAUAUAAUGCAGUGUGUUUGUAUAGUGUGUUUGUAUAGUGUGUGUAUAUAAUGCAGUGUGUUUGUAUAGUGUGUUUGUAUAGUGUGUGUAUAUAAUGCAGUGUGUUUGUAUAGUGUGUGUGUGUGUGUAUAUAAUGCAGUGUGUGUAUUUGUGUGCAUUGUAUACACACACUAUACAAACACUGCAUUAUAUACACACACUUUACAAACACACUGCAUUAUAUACACACACUAUACAAACACACACACUGCAUUAUAUACACAGUGUGUUUGUUUAGUGUAUGUGUAUAUAAUGGAGAGUGUGAGGGGGCAUUUUUUAUUAAAUUUUUUUUAUUUUUAAAUUUUUUUUUAUUAUUAAUUAUUUGUUUUUGUUGUCCCCCGUCCCUGCUUGUUAUAGGAGUCCCUGGUGGUACAGUGGUAUUGGCUGAGCUUUGAGAGGGGGGUAGCAAGCGCUUACUCACCUCCCAGCAGCUCCCCCAGUGCAACUCUCGCAGCCAGCGUGUCACGCGGAGCAAGUUUAGACCAGGAAGGGUUACUGUAACCAAAACCACUGUUUUUUUGUUUGUUUUGUUUUUUAAGUUGGGGGUAACCCUUUAUCCUUGCUGUGAUCUGUGUGUAAAAAUUCAUAUAUUUGUUUCCAUAUGUCUUAUGUUUAUUGUUAUAUUUUUCACUUUCAGGAAACCAUAAGGAUGAGUUUUAUUGAAUACAGAGAGCUCAUUCAAGAUGGAGACACGGCGAUUGUCUUUCUGGGUCACGAUUCCAUGUUUCCUGUGACUGUGAAGCAUGGCAGCCAGACCCAGACUAAAUAUGGAGUUAUCAGACACUCCACGGACCUAAUAGGAAAGAAAUUUGGCUCCAAGGUAACCUGCAGCAAAGGAGGAUGGGUGUACAUCCUGUAUCCUACCCCGGAGCUUUGGACUAUGAAUCUUCCUCACCGCACUCAAAUCCUUUAUUCUACUGACAUUUCCAUUAUUACCAUGAUGUUGGAGCUCAAGCCAGGAUCCGUGGUCUGUGAAUCAGGUAAUGAAGGUUGAUGUUGACUUUGAGCCUGACUCUGUAAAGGUUAUGCUGUAUCCUUUCUGGUCAUUCUUUAACAUUAAUAUUCUCACUGCGCCGACACUUUGCAAUAACCAGUAUUUUUACUGUCUCCUAAAAUGAUUGUUCAUCCGUAAUGUUCUAGAACAGUGUCACGGUGCCUGAUCGGCACCUCAGUCUGGUCGCACCAGAUCGGUACAGUCACACUAUCGCAGUGCCUGAUCGGCACCACGAUGUGACCGCUUCUGAUCGGUGAGGUUACUUACCUUACCUCCAGAGCCUCUCCCUCCAUGCAGUUUGUAAUUCAGCGGCCAGGUCCAGUGUUAGGAAGGCCGCUGCAAGGCGGCGCUAUAUAAUAACGCUGCCUACAAUGACGUCACUAGUGAUGUGACAGUGCGUGCGGCAUCACGUUUUCGCCAUGCACGCACGUUCUGGGGUCAUAAGACCUAAAUCAGCCAAUAGCAGGAUUUACAGGGGGUUAUUUAAAUCAAACCUGCAGUUGUUCGGUACCCUGUCGUGGUUUCCAUCCUGUUGGUUAUCCGAGAGCGCGUUCCUGUUUCUGAUUAUUGGUUUUUGAUCUUGGCUUGACUUGACUUCCCGUAUUUCUGGUAUCCCUGACCCUUUGGCUUUGUUCUUUCCGUAUUUGUUCCUAUCUGUAUUCCUGACCUCGGCUCGUUACUGUUUAUUCUAUUACGUUCAUUCCGGCCAUUUUAAGGCCCGGUAAAAAGUUGUUACUGUUUGUAUUUGCUAUGUGUUUUACUUAAUUCUGCGUGUUGGGCCACUGGUUCGUCUUGACAAGCAGUCCUUUAUUUUUCCUUUUAUUAUACAGGGUUAUUCACUAAACAUUAAAUUACCGGGAAUUAAUCUGUUAAAUUCACAUUUUAAUCCAAAAUCGACGAACUGGAAAAAUCCUCCAAGAGAGGGAUUUUGGUCAUUAAUUGCCGGAUUGCACAAUUUAUACUACAGUAGUCAAGAUAUGUCCAUAGCGCAGUUUGCCCAUUUUUCCAAAUUGGCUUUAAAGCUACACACGCGGCAAUAUAACUGGUACUGCUCUGUGUAGUGGUUAUAUUUCCUAUGGCAGUGGUGGGCAACAUUCGUCACUUCAGGUGUUUUGGAUUGUAUCUCCCUGAUGCUUUGCCAGCAUUAUGGCUGUGAGGAUUAUGGGAGAUGUAGUAAACAACAUAUGGAAUGCCGAAGGUUGACUUUCUGGCCUUUUAUAACCUCGAUUUUUAUGUCAAACAUUUUAGAAGUGGUUUGAUAUGAUAUGGGGCUUUCCGUGGCACUUCGGGCCUGCUCCCCAUAACAGUUACAGUGUCAGUGUCCAUUUUGUCCACCUUUUAGGUGACCUUAGUAGGAUGAGAACUAUGAGCUAACCUGUCUUACAUAGUUACAUAGCUGAAAAGAGACUUGCGUUCGUCAAGUUCAGCCUUCCUCACAUAUGUUUUUGCUGUUGAUCCAAAAGAACGCAAAAAACCCAGUCUGAAGCACUUCCAAUUUUGCAACAAACUAGGAAAAAAUCCUUCUUGACCCCAAAAUAGCAGUCAGAUGUCUCCUUGGAUCAAGCAGCUAUUACCCCACUAAUUGGAAAUUGUAUCCCUGUAUGUUAUGUUUUUGCAAGUAUUUAUCCAAUUGCAGUUUAAACAUCUGUAUAGACUCUAAAAAACCACCUCUUCAGGCAAAGAAUUCGAUAUCCUUAUUGCUCUUACUGUAAAAAAAAAAAACAAAGAAAAAAACUUUUCUUUGCCUUAGAUGAAAUCUCCUUUCUUCCAGCCUAAAUGUGUGAACUCGUGUCCUAUGUAUUGCCCUGUUUAUGAAUAGAUUUUCAGAUAAUGGUUUGUACUGGCCCCAAAUAUAUAUGUAUAAUGUUAUCAUAUCCCCUCUCAGGCGCCGUUUUUUCAAACUAAAGAGAUUUACAUUUUUUUUUAACCUUUCUUCGUAACUAAAAUGCUCCAUUCCUUUUAUCAAUUUUGUAACUCGUCUCUGCACUUUUUCUAGUGCCAUGAUAUCUUUCUUUAGAACUGGUGCCCAAAAUUGCACAGCAUAUUCAAGGUGUGGUCUUACCAGCGAUUUAUAAAGAGGCAAAAUUAUAUUUUCAUCCCAAGAAUUUAUGCCCCUAUUUAUACAUGACAAAACCUUACUGGCCUUAGCAACUGCAGAUUGACAUUGCAUAUUGCUGCCUAAUUUAUCUAUAACAAUUCCCAAAUCCUUCUCGUGUGUGGUUAUCCCUAGUUCACUACCAUUUAGGGUGUAAAUUGCUUGUGCAUUCUUAACCCCAAAUUGCAUAACUUUGCAUUUCUCUACGUUAAAUUUCAACUGCCAUUUUAGUGCCCAGUUCCCCAAUCUCUCCAAAUCCCUCUGCAGCAAGGCAAUAUCCUGCUCACAUUUUAUUACUUUACAAAGUUUUGUGUCAUCUGCAAACACUGAUACAUGGCUUUCAAUGCCUAUUUCAAGAUCAUUUAUAAAUAUGUUAAAUAGAAGCGGUCCCAAAACAGAACCCUGAGGGACACCACUUUCCACUUUUGUCCAGCUUGAAAAUUUACCAUUAAUGACAACUCGUUGUACUCUAUCCUUAAGCCAAUGUUCUACCCAAGAACAAGAAUAUUCAUCUAUUUCAAUUUCUUUUAGUUUGAAGACUAACCUAUUGUGAGGAACUGUAUCAAAUGCCUUGGCAAAAUCCAAGUAGAUCACAUCCACUGCAACACUUUGAUCUAUACUUCUACUUACUUCUUCGUAGAAUGCAAUUAGGUUAGUUUGACAUGACCUAUGUUUCAUAAAACCAUGCUGAUUAUUGCUAAUAACAAAGUUCUUCCGAAUGAAUUCCUGAAUAUUAUCCCUUAAUAGCCAUUCAAAUAAUUUCCCAGUCACAGAAGUUAAGCUCACAGGUCUAUAAUUUCCAGGCAAGGAUUUUGAACCCUUUUUAAAUAUAGGAACAACAUCUGCCUUCCUCCAAUCCUCCGGUACAAUACCUGAAACAAAAGAAUCUUGAAAAAUUAAAUACAGAGGUUCACUUAUUUCCCCACUUAGCUCCUUAAGUACUUGUGGGUGGAUAUCGUCAGGCCCCGGAGCUUUAUUUACAUUAAUUUUCUUUAAUAGCUGUAGCACCUUGUCUCGAGUUAUCCAAUCAUAAGUUAUCUGCAAGUUUGUUCCAGCAAUCAUUUGCUUAUUUCUUGCCAUAGGAUCCUCAUUAAUAUAUACUGAAGAAAAAGUUAUUUAAAAUUUCUGCCUUUUCCUGGUCUUCAUUAACUAACAGACCCAUCACUGUUUCCAGUGUACCUUCACUUUUCAUUUUUUGUUUUUUUAGAAUUGAUGUACUUGAAAAAAAUUUUGGGCUUGGUUUUGCAUUCUUUGGCUAUCAAUUUCUCAUUUUCUAGUUUAGCCACUUUAAUUGCCUUUUUGCAAGUGUUAUUGGCUUCCUUAUAUCUUAAAUAGGAUGCCUCUGAUUUGUCUGAUUUAAAUGCUUUAAAUGCCCUUUUUCUUAUUUUUAAUCUCUUGUUUUACUUCUCUACUAAGCCACAUUGGUUUUAAUUUGUUUCUUUUAUAUUUAUUACCCAAUGGUACAUACUGUGAAAUGUACCUUCCUAAUAUUUGUUUGAAUAGUUUCCAUUUACCCUCAGUGUUUUUAUCACUAAGGAGUUUAUGACAGUCAAUAUGUUGUAGAGUUGCCCUAAUCUUAUUGAAAUUGGCUUUUUAAAAAUUAAACGUUUUAAUAUACCCCACAUGCUUUUGCUUUUUUGAGUUUAUUUCAAAAUUUACAUAUUGUGAUCACUAUUUCCCAAAUGCUCCCCUACUUGAAUGUUGGUGUUGGUUAAAAGAUCAACAUUGUUUGUUAUGACGAGAUCCAGACAAGCAUUCUUUGUGGUUGGUGCUUGUACCAGUUGUGACAUGAAGGUGUCAUUUAACACAUUCAAAAUCCUGUUCCCCCUUGCUGAAGUACUAGUUCCUCUAUCCCAAUUUAUGUCCGGGUAAUUAAAAUCUCCAAUAAUUAACGUGUUACACCGAUUUUCAGCUUUUCUAAUUUGGGCUAACAGCUGUUCUUCCUCAUUAAUAUUUACAUUAGGUGGUUUACAACAUAUCCCAACCAAUAAUUUAUUUCCCUUUGUUUGCCCCAAGCAGAUAUCUACCCAUAAAGCCUCCACAUUUUCCUCGUCACACUCCACAUGCCUAAGAUUUGACUUUAACUCAUGGCUUACAUACAAACCUACCCCACCACCCUUCUUGUUUUUCCUAUCCUUCCUAAAUAACGUGUACCCAUUUAAGUUAACUGCCCAGUCAUGUGUCUCAUCCCACCAUGUUUCUGUUAUGCCUAUUAUAUCAUAUUGUUUAGUGUAUGCUAUUGCCUGUAGUUCCCCCAUUUUGUUAUAUAGGCUCCUUGCAUUAGUAAGCAUACAUUUAAUAUUACCAUGAGUCAUUUCUACUUUUUGUGAAUUAUCAAUAUGACAUACCUCCCCUGUUCUGAGCUUUCCCCUUCCCCAUCCCCCCCUUGUUCUGAGCUAAAGCCCAUCUCCUUUCUAUCCUAUCUCUAUUUUGUAGAUUGCUUUUACCCUCAACCCGCUACUACUAGUUUAAAAUCUCCUCCAACCUUCUAGCCAUCCUAUCCCCCAGCACAGCAGACCCUCUUCCGUUUAGGUGCAAUCCAUCACGACUAUACAGGUUGUACCCAAGUGCAAAAUCGGCCCACUGCUUUUAAAAACCCCAAACCCUCUUUCCUGCACCAAGACUUCAGCCACGCAUUGACCUCUCUAAUCUCCUGCUGCCUUUCUGUCUUGACCACUAAACAGCUUGACAUUAGACUGGGAGACAGUGCCCAUAGAUGGUAGGUAAACUAACCACUACACAAAGCCAUAGUGCGUUGCGUUGCUUCGAGUGCUAAUUUAGUUUUGCACUUCUGUUUUUACUUUGUUGCAAUUUCACAUUUGGCGAAUAAAUCCCUUUGUCAUAUUAUUGCUUGUAAAAUUACAUAAAUCAGAUCAGUCGUAUUCUUAUUGUCCUUAGUUAUACGUGUUUAAAACAGUGGUAUCUCAGGCAAUGUGCUUUUUUUCAAAAUGACCUGCUUUAGCCGAUGUAUGUUAUAAAAGCAAGAUGGCUUCUCUCGACACUUUAUCUUUUCAUUGCAGAUUCAGAUAUAUAUUACAUAUUUACAAAUUCGUCACUUAAGGUUUUUUUUUUUUUUUAAAUGAGCAGUAUCCCAGGGAUCUAUUGUAACUGGGGUGCUUUGAGUGUGCCAUCCUUAUAAAAUAAUUUUGUAGCCACUUAAUGUUUUUUUUAUAGGUUAUGCUUAAUGUAAAUAUUGUUGGAUGAUAAGGUAUUUCAUGGAAAUGAACCUACUGCUCACUGGUUGAAGAGAUAAGAGCAUUAAAGACUUUUUUAAGAAUCGACAAACAUUUACAGUUUAUUCACUAAACUCAGGCUAUCAAUCACUUCUAGUUUGACUGAAAUACAAAAAAAAAACCACUCCAAGAACCAUAACCACAUAUCCCCCUCUGAUGUUGGGUAGUCGAAUUGUUUGAGAAUGGUUUGAUAGCUUAAAUAGGGCCUGCAAAGAGCUUAUAUUAUUUUCAUUGAGCUGGGGCCGGCUGCACAGGGCUGACUCGUUGGCUGAGAGUGCCAACUGAGUGCCUCUCUGCACUGCCAGGUAUAGCUUAGUGAAUAAAUCAGAAGGUGCCUGGUGGACCCCAGAUAAGUUGUCAAACUAUUCUGAAAUGUUUUGACUACUUAACCUGACAGGACACUAAUGCACUUAUGGGAUCAUUACCAGUGCAGUGGGCUGUAGUUACUUUAACAUUGAUUAGGGGAAGUAUAAAUUCCAAUAAUGAAUGCACCUCAGGAGGGAUGCCUCUGGGUGAAGAAAAGAGCCAUUAUUUUUGCCUGAACACUCCCAAACCGUUUGCUGUGGUAAAGCACCCACUGAAUUAUUCCAUACUACCCUGAACUGUUGUGGUUAUGGCGUAUAACAUACCCCUUUAAAAACAGGAUAACAAGUAGAGUUUUUGUUGACUAUUUUAGAAAUUCAUAUGUGUAUUGACCUUUGCUUUAAAUUCACCACGGUUCAAGUUUUGGCGAAUCAACUCUCGAGUACUAUUUGCAGGUCUUCUUUUAACACCCUCUAUAUAUAGUUAUUUACGUCUCUACAAAAUUCCAUUAAAUAAACAAACCACGAUCUUAUCUCAAAGUGUUAAUAUUAUUUGUGAACUAUUUUGUUGUUAAUUGUAUUUAUAAUUAAAUAUUAAUUAUUAAAAUAAUUGGCAGGGUCAUUUGGAUUCCUGGACAUUUAAACCGUAAAAUGCCCAUUUCCAGAAUGCUUAAAGAUGAUUUGUGAUUCCCUUCCUGGAAUAAUUAUAAAAGGAGUAGGAUUAAGCCUAGAACGUGUUACUUAGCCCACUCGUGUUCUCUCCGUGUGCUCAUAAUGUUCUUUGCCUUCUGCCAGAAUGGUGCAGAUUUUAAUGCUGAUGCUCUGCCCGUGAACCUCUGCACAAUUCAUUUUGAUAAUGGACUUGCAUUUGCAAGCCUCUUGCUAAGCUUAGUCAGGACAUGUGAUCGUCACGCUCUGGAGGUCACAGAUGGUAUCUCCAAGGAAGUACAGAACAUUUAGAGAGAGAUAUGACCUACCUAUUACUGCUGUAUCAGUGCAGAGCUCCGUUAACCCACAGUGAGUGUGUGUGUGUGUGUGUGUGUGUGUGUGUAUAUAACAUGUAAAUUUAGUGCGUGUGUGUGCGCGCGCAUGCAUAUAUAUAUAUAUAUAUAUAUAUAUAUAUAUAUAUAUAUAUAUAUAUAUAUAUAUAUAUAUAUAUAUAUAUAUAUAUAUAUAUAUAUAUAUAGUGUGCAUGUAAUCCGGCAGUUUUGCAUUUUCCGCAGAAUGAUUAAUUUUUUUUUUGCUUUCGGCUGUGUAUGUUUGGAAAUUUCCAUUGCUCUCCAUGUCUCUAGGCAUGAAAGGAAAAUAAAACCAUACAAGUCCUUACCAAUUAAUGCGGUUUAAAACGUAUAACGUUAGGUGGAUUAGUAAUGUUUACAUCCCGGUCAAUGUCAGCUUGCAUGUAUUAUUUUCUUUGUGUGUAUAAUUCAUUAUGCUUAUGUCUUAAAGCAGCUUGCUCGACAAAGAAAAUAUUUAUAUUAAAGGGGCACGUCUGGCUGGAUGGAAUCCGCAUUUUAAAUUUUUUAUAGAUACCGUAUUUGCUCGAUUUAUAAGAUGACUGAUUAUAAGAAAACCCUCCCCAAAUGUUGGAUCUUGUUAAAAAAAGAAAAGGCCUGAAUAUAAGACACUGGCAUACAUGCAGAUACAAAGUCACCCAUAAUGGCACACAUUGCAUAUACACAGUCACACAGAAUAACAUACAUGCAGUACUCACAUGGGCACAAAGUCACACAUAAUGACACACAUGCAGAUAUACAGAUACACAUACGCACAUGCAGACACAUAUGCACACGUACAGGCAAAAGGUACACUUUUUAAGCCACUCUCCUGUUUCCUACCUUUUAGGUGCACGAGGAUGUGGGGCGCAGUGUUUGGGGCAUUGUGUGUGAGCUUGCAGUAUGUAUGUGUGUGUGUGAGGGGUGCAGUGUGUGUGUGUGUGUGUGUAUAUGGGGGGCAUUGAGUGGUAGGGUGAAAAUGUGGCAGAGGGUUAUUAUUUCUAUGGGGGGUUACAGUGUUGGGGGCAGUGUGUGUGUGUAUAGCGGACAGUGUUAGGAAGGGUGACUGUGUGUGGGUGGGGGUUACAGUGUUGGGGUGCAGUUUGUGUGUGUGUGUGUGAGCUUGCAGUAUGUAUGUGUGUGUGAGGGGUGCAGUGUAUGUGUGUGUAUGGGCAGCAUUGAGUGGUAGGGUGACAAUGUGGCAGAAGGUUAUUUCUAUGUGGUGUUACAGUGUUGGGGCAGUGUGUGUGUGAGGGGUGCACUGUGUGUGUGUAUAGCGGGCAGUGUAGGGAAGGGUGACUGUGUGUUGGCGGGGGCUACAGUGUUGGGGUGCAGUGUGUGUGUGUGUGUGUGUAUAGGGGGCAGGGUGUGGGUGGGGGUUACAGUGUUGGAGGGCAGUGUGUGAGUAGGCUGUGUUUUAGUACCCAGCCUCCCCAGAUUGUAAUACCUUUUAGUCAAUUCCCUGGUGGUCCAGUGGGAAGCUCUCCUGUCUGAAGCCUUGGCUAUCUACAGACUUUGUAACCUGUGGCAACACUCUGAUCUGGCUGAGAUCACAAGACAUUUCAGUCUGCAGCUCUGCACCCGGCAGAAUUGCCCCGUAUAUCCGCCACUGCCUGCAAGUCCCAACCUUGAUUGUAAGACGAGGUCAGUUUUUUCAGAAGUUAUUUCUGAAAAAAACGUAGUCUUAUAAUCGAGCAAAUACAGGUUAUUAUAGGAGAAAAAUAGAAACAUUUAAAAUAUAAAGUAGUGACCUUUUGUUUCAAAACCCAGAUCUUACAUUUUCAAAAUUGAGCCCUGCCCAUUCCAAGAAAUAGCCAGACCAAUCAAGAUCUUUGCGUUCUGAUCUAUAGAGUCUGGUUUGAUGCCAAUUAUUAAGCCAAAAUAUUCUAAAAAUGCAUAAUUGUUGUUUUGGUACCUGGGGUGCCCACUGUUAAUUCGCAAUGUCCCAUAUUGUUGCUAGCUAACAGUCAGGCUCCCCGUGCAUCGCAGCAGUUGUAUUGUGCAAGGCCCAGUCAGCCAUUGGUGCAAAAAGUGCUACAGUUACUCAUUUUACCCUCUUUCAAAAACACACUAAACUCUGUGUAUUGUUUUUUGUGUGUUAUUAAAAGGUAGGAUGUUUGUUUUGAACACGCAAUUUGCACCUGCUGAGAAAAAGAAAAUUACACACACAGAAAAAAAACCAACAACUACAACAAAAAAGCCUAGUUUCUAUUCACUAACAAUAAAAAUAUUUAAAAUGGAUACAUUUACUUUUUAAUUCUGCAGCCGAUGGAACAUAUUAAAGAUGCAUUAAUUAUUGAUGAUUACUCGCUCUCCUUUUCUUAUGUUCCGUAUAAAAAGUUUCGAAUAAUUUGUAGUGUAAAAUAAAUUGCAUGUUUUGAUAGUAAACCUGACCAGGGUUUGGGAAUGCAGAUCUAUUAUGUAUUCGGCUACCCGUGGGGAGGAAGUGUUACCUGUAAUUAAGGUAGCUGUUCCACCUUUUGUCUGGCGACUGCCUCUCUGCAGAUAGAAUUUGCAAUAAACUGUGGACCUUGACAGUGUACUCUUCAUGGCUUCCUUGUACAAAGCACAGCAGAUAUAGACUGGCCGUUUUAUUACAUAUAGCAAUGGAAAUCUCUGUACCUUGGCUCUUAAAGCUUUUCUAUCGCAGUAUCUUUGGAUUUAAUACAUUUUUCUGUCUUGCCUCUUUAAAGGGUUACUCCAAGAAUAAUAAUCUGUACAGCCCACUGUAGUGGUUAUGAUGCAAGAUGUACCCUAUCCCUGUUUUCCUGUAAUGAGGGAAACCGUUUUAAAACAGUUUGCCAUCUUAUCUGGGUCCCCGCUGUGCACCUAGAGUAGUCUGUAGCCGGUGACGUGCACAAUCCGAAUGCCAAUCCUGCCAGGCAUUCGAACACAGAAUUGACAUUAGCCAGCAUGGAACUCUUGUUCUAGGCUGGUUAAUGGCGUCCCAAUGACGUUACACUUCCGGCAGCAAAGGAUUUAAACUCCAUAUGUGCAGCGUUUCAUAGCAAAACACUGCACAAAAAGACUCCAGGCACCACAACCACUUCAAAUCACUUGGAAGAACCCUUUCAAUUCUGGCAGUCUUGGCACUCAAUGAAACUUACACUACUAUCCUCUACGGUCUAUCCUCGAGCCCCCCCAAAAAGAUAUAUAAUGUACAUCUCUUGCACUGUAUGUGUGCUUGGGAAUACUUGGCGGACUCUCUUAUAAAUAAAAUAUUUGGCUCUCUUAUAAAUAUAAUAUUUGGCGCGAUCUCUUAUAAACAAGCUUUAAGGGAUUUUUAUGUAAGUAAGGGAAAAUAAAUACAAGUAUUUUAAUAUUAGCAAUCGAUUUUUUUUUUUUUUUUUUUUACAAAAAACAUUGAAGGAAAAGUUUGAAAGCUAUCAAACUGCAUUCCCAUCAGCCUUACCCCUCCAGAGACACGUUACACUGCACGUCGAAAUGUGCUCAGAAGUCUUCAUUUGCAUAACGCCUGGUGUCACACUAGACAUUGUUCUCCAAACAAUGGACAAAGCGUUUGUGACAGGGUGGCUGAAUGCUUGUGUUCUACAUACUGCCGUGAGAUCUGGGUUAACCCUUUCAGAAUCAACGGUCAGAAUGUCACACUGACAACGGACUAUAGUUAACAAAUAUGUAUUUUUUGAGCCAACCGAAUUAUUAGAGUGAUACAUUUGCGGUAGUGAAAAUCAGCCGCAAACCAAAAUUAAACAAACAAAAAAAAAGAGCAAGUGUGAGUUAUGAGCUUAAAUACAUAACGUACUUAUUUUGAACUCUUUUUCCUUAGUUUCUUUAAUAAUUCCAGUAAAUGUGAUCACCAGGGAACCUCAGAGCCUGCUGUAGAACCCUCAUUACUGGGGAACCGGGCCCGGUAUCACAACCACCAUAGCGGCCUGUAGCGGUUGUGAUGCUUUCAAUAAUGAGAGCUGUUCUACCUCAUUAUGAUAUACUGUGAAACUUCUCAACAAUACUACAUAGUAUCACCGAUAAAUGGCAACGGGCUCUGUGGGUUCUCAGGACGUCACCUUGAACUUCCUCAUCCAGUUUCUUCUCUUGACAAAGGCCCUGUUGGAGGCUGAAACGUUGCUUUCAUCUGCUCCAAUAAAUCUUCUCACUUUGGAUUUACCUUGAAUGCCUGGACCCUCAUUUAUUUUCUUCCCUUCCAGUGACGUUUCGCCCCUUGCGCCUUUGGCUUCAUCAGAAGUCUUAUCGAGGCCUGAAAUAAAAUGGGUUAACACACAUUCUAGGUAAUUUUUGGUGUAUUAUUCAGGGGUGUAAUUUCAACAGAACUGACAGUACUCCAUUAAAUUAUCACAUAAACAGCUUCACUUUAAAAAUCAUUGGAUAAAAUGAGCGACAAACCUGGUGCUAAAAUGCUUUCUCUGUGAUAAUUUUUUAUUACUAUUGGUAAUAUAAAGCACCAACAUUUUCUGCAGCGCUGUACAAUCGUCGUAGAAAAUAAGAGAGUACCGUAUAGGCCAAGAAAUACAGAAGGAACAGUGACCCCUACACACAAGCUGAGAUCUAGUAUUUACAGCCCUUUUUAUAUAAAGUGCUUUGCUAGAUAGCUCAAAGCAUGUUUUUGAAUUUCUCCUUAUAUUUUGCUAUACUAAUAUAAUCAAGUAUACAUUGAUUUAUUCUUUACGUCCCUAUCUCCCCGUAUGACUUGGCAAAUUCAUACUGGAGCGACAUCGACUUUUUUGUAGUUAAUUUAAGAAACCUACAUAUAUAAAUGUGAAGCCUCUUUCUCUACCGAAGGGAUGCUCAGAGCUGUGAAAGCUAAUCAGACCAUACUUUAAGAGCGAAACGGUCCAAUGCUCGAAGCAUGCAUAAUAUAUGUGCGUUCUCUCCGACAACCUCUACAGAUGUGAGUCUGAGGGCAAUUUACUUUGUAAUAUGUGAGAGAAAAAUCAAUAUGCCUUGCAGAAAUACUUUGAGACUAGUCCGGAAACCGUUUAGUUUCUGGAUACAUUGGGGUUCUAAUUAUAAAGACAUAGAAAAAAAAAAAAAAAAAGUUCCUCUAACUGAUGCCUCACCAUGGAAACAAAUGGACCUUUUCUUGCUGAUUGGACCACUGUUCACAUCAUGCCCCAGAAUGACUCUUCAUGAUAUAAAUAACUUAUGUUGCGUAGGCACCGAGUGUCCUCUUGUAAACGUGUUGUCUUUUUCUUGAUCUGUUAAGCAACAAAGAUCAGAUUUUGGAACGUACGAAUAGUAGAUGAAUCAUUCUUGUGUUUGCGUUCAUUGUCUUUUUAAAGUGUACCUCGAAUUCUAAACAUUACUUUCUGUUUACUAAACAGGAAAUUAAUGUUGGUGAGCUGAAAACGGAAUUGAAACAUUUUAAACUAAAAUAGCCAAAGCUGUGAAUACGGAGGAAGAGUUGAAGGAUUUCCCUGAAAUUUUCCAAACACUAGUGUAGUGUGUACAAUUUGCCACCAUUUGCAUUUUAUUUAGUAAACUCUAUAGUGUCACUUUGAGAAUAUAUCUAUACAUUGUGCUGAGUAAACUUGUAGAUAAGUCUCUUCCCCGUACAUGUUUGAUCUUCCAAGUCUGAUGAUCUUGGUGGAAGAGGAACAGAUUUUUGCACAAUUUGCCAUUUAAACAACACUACCUUUUUGAAGGUAAACAUGUUCUCUACAGACAUUUUGGUUUUUCUGUACAUUUUAUUAUUGACACAUAUCAGGGCAAUUUAUCACGUCUUUGCUCUAUAGGUAUCAACCGAUCCAGUGCAGGAGAUCUGACCUUCAAAUUGCACGGCUUCACUAGUAGAUCGACAUUUUCCAAACAAGGAUAAGUUUAAAGUUCAAUGUUCAAAGCAUCAAUACAUAUUGUCUUUGCACAACCAUAAAUUAUAGUUAAAUAAUCAAUUAUGUUGAAAACAUAGUCUAUCAUACAAAACCUUUUUAUAUUCACUACUCAGUACUAGGGAUCGACCGAUAUUGUUUUUUUUAGAGCCGAUACCGAUAAUCUGUGAACUUUCAGGCCGAUAACCGAUAACUUGCCUAUAUUCUGUACAUUUACCAUUCUGAAAAAAUAAACUAUUUCUAAAGGUAAAUGCACAAAAUAUACAUGCCACAUGUAGUGGAUGCAGUGUGUUUAGACAGGGGAGGUGUGUGGGUGUGUGUGUGUGUGUGUGUAGUGGAUGCAGUGUGUGUUUGGGUAUUGUGUAUAUAAUGAAUGCAGUGUGUGUUUGUGUAGUGGAUGCACUGUGUUUAGACAGGGGAGCUGUGUGUGUGUUUGUGUAGUGGAUGCAGUGUGUUUAGACAGGGGAGCUGUGUGUGUGUAGUGGAUAUAGUGUGUGUUUGGGUAUUGUGUGUAUAUAAUGAAUGCAGGGUGUGUUUGUGUAGUGUGUAUAUAUAUAUAUAUAUAGUGAAUGCAGUGUAUGUGUGUUUGUGUAGUGUGCGUAAAGUGAAUGCAGUGUGUUUGUGUAUAUUAAUAAAUGCAGUGUGUGUAUAUAAUGCAGAGUGUGUGUUUGUGUAGUGUGUCACAAACACACUACACAAAUCCAAUCGCAGCAAUUCCAGAAAUUAGAUCAGUUGGACAUUUCCAAUAUGAAAAUCAUUAACCUUUCCAAUCUUAAACUUCUACCUGAUCACAUAACAUUACUUAAUAAAGGAUUAUCAUUCGUACCUACACCGAGUGCAGACAAGUUUGAAUGGCUGAAGGAUAUCAACCUAUUCGGGCGCAAACUAGCUCUAUGCUCAUUACAUAAAAAGAAAAAUAAUAAAGAAGCAAAGGAACUGGGUCUUACAAGUUAAGAUUUUACACAUUUUCAAACUUUGGUACAGCUUCUUACUGAACAAGAAACUACACCUCCACUCACCAACUUCAAACCACUGAGUUGGUUCACCCCCAACUUUAGGGAUGAUAUAAAUGUGGAUUUGUUUGUAAAAAUGACAACUGACAUAAUCGAAUCCUUACCUAUACCUAAAAUCCAAUAGAAUAAUCUCUCUAGUGGGGAACAAAACGCACUCAAAGAUUUGAGCAACAAUAAAAACAUGGUUAUAAAACCAUCUGAUAAGGGAGGGAAUAUUGUCCAAAUGGAAAGGGAGCACUAUGUGAACAUGUGUCUAACACAUCUGAAUAAUUCCUCCUGCUACAGCAAACUCGAGGGGGACCCUACUUCAUCUUAUCUCAAUUCCCUUCGAACCUUACUAGAUACUGCUAUGACAAACAGCAUUAUAACUAUUGAUGAAUUGAGAUUUAUUUUACCUAAGAACUCACCAACUAUUGCCACUUUCUAUUGUCUACCAAAGGUGCACAAAAACCUCACCCAUCCCCCGGGUAGACCAAUUGUUUCUGGGAACCAAUGCCUGACAGAAAAUGCUAGUAGGUUUCCUUUUGUAACAAGUUUAGAUUCCUUCCUACAAGACACAAAACAGACCUUACUCAUUUUGGAAAAUUUAAUAGUUCCACCUUACACUCUCCUCACGAGCUUAGAUGUGGUAUCACUAUAUAAUAAUGUCUCACACGUUGUAGGUAUUAAAGCCACAUCUUACUUUUUAGAGAAGUCCAAAAAAUUCUCCAUACAACAUCAACAAUUCAUAUUGGAUCUACUCACCUUUGUACUGACACAUAAUUAUUUUGUGUUUAAUGGAGUAUAUUAUUUGCAAAUGAAGGGCACUGCUAUGGGGCCAACUUGUACCUUGGCUGGUGGGAAGAAACAAUACUGUCUGAAAUUGAUCAUGAGUACAGCCAAUUAAUAUUGAAUUGGCAUAGAUACAUCGAUGAUGUGCUUCUUUUCUGGACAGGAUCUAUUCCAAAAUUCCAACAACUUGUCAAUAUUCUCAAUGACAACAACAUUGGAUUGCAAUUAACAUCUGUCAUUGAUGAAAAGACAUUGGAAUUUUUGGAUCUGAGAAUCAUACUGGGCAUGGAUGGUACAGUAACAACUGAACUAUACAGAAAGGCCACUGCUACUAACGGCUUACUGCACUGGCAGAGUCACCAUCCACUUAAAUUGAAGGCUAGUAUACCUUAUGGCCAAUACUUAAGGGCACAGAGAAAUUGCUCUCAAGAAACUGCCUUCCAGAAAGAAGCAAAAUACAUCAAAUCUAGAUUCAAGGAACAGGGUUAUCCUAAUAGAAUAAAAAAAAAAAAAAAGCUUACCAAAAGGUGAACAGCAUAGACAGAUCUAUCUGUCUCCGUUCCUCUAGACCCAAAUCACCAAAACAGACCAUAAGAUGUAUCGGUACUUUUGAUCAGUACUGGGAGCCCGUGAGAGAAAUACUGACAAAUAAUUGGCCAAUUCUUUUACACGACAAAGAACUUCAAGAUAACAUUACCUCUUACCCCAGCCUCACGGCACGAAGACCUAAGAACUUAAGAGAUGCUCUGGUUCACAGCUAUUUGGAACCUCUUACUACAACCCCGUGUUGGUUGACACAGACGAAGGGUAUCUACAAAUGUGGAUCUUGCAAGGUAUGCAAAUAUAUCAACUCUGCUAAAUCCAUCCUAUGCACAAAAACCAACAAACAAUAUGUGAUUCGCGAUCUCAUCAAUUGCAGUACCACUAGAAUCAUUUAUGUUAUCACAUGUAAUUGUAACAUGCAGUACAUAGGAAAAACAUAUCAACAAUUUCGGAGACGUAUCUUACAACACGUCAACUCCGUUACCAAUAUCAACAUCAUUACACCAGUAGCAAACCAUGUUCGAUCACAACAUCAAGGUGACCCAUCUAGUUUACACUUCCAAGCUAUCGAACGACUAUCUACUAAUGCUAGGCAUAAUAUUUUUCCCAUGCAAUUUACCUCUUUUUAGAGGGAAAUCCACUCUAUUAGGACUAUUUAGAUAAGUUUGUCCUAUUCUUCUCUUUAUUUUUUUCUCUUUAGUUUUGUAUUUUUGGUGAAGUUGUUCACUAGGGGUUAUCCCCCACAUAGGAGAAAUUUACCCAUAUCCCCCCUUUUUCCUUUCCUUUUUUGUGUAGUGUGUAUAUUAAUGAAUGCAAUGUGUGUGUGUGUGUGUUUGUGUAGUGUGUGUGUGUGUAUAAUGAAUGCAGUGUGUAUGUGUUUCUGAAUGGAAGUAAUUUGUGUAAAAUGUGUGGGAGAGGGGGCAUUUUUUAUUUUAAUUUUAUUUUUAAUAUUUAUGUUUUAUUUCUUUUUAAUUCUUUAUUUUUGCGGUGCAUAUAAAGAGAAACUUUUGGAAUUACAGACAUGACAUCGAGUGGUAUUGCGAUGGUGUAAGAGUAUCGGACAUGUUGAGAAAAUUGCACCAUUUUUAUUUAUUUUUUUUUAAACAAGCAUUAUGAACCAGAUAAUAAACUUAUGUAACCGUAGUAAUCUUUUAGUUGUGUGCUGGAUACCCGGUGUGGUGUGACCAUAUGUCCUAGUAUGCAUGUCCAUGUUUAGUUGUCGCUUGAUCUGGGCCUUCUUUUGGGGUUCGCUUGUCUUUCUGGCAAGUGCUGUAAGGGCAUCCCUGUCGUGGCUAUAGUCGAUACCCUUUGACUUGUGCUUAUGGGUCUGUGGUGCCUGACUGAAGGCUAGCUAGGUGUGGUCGAGUGCUGCGUUGGGCAGGUCUAUGUUGGGCACCCUUGAGUUGCUGCCGUCAGUCGGUUGUUGUGAGGGUAUGAAUAUGCAAAGGUCUGUGGGUGUGGCAGUCUGUGGGUGCCUCUUGUUGUGGGUGGCUUUGGAGGUCCGUUUUGGGGCCUAGAUAGCGGUGUUGUGGGGCAAAUGGGCUGGUCAGUUUGGUUUGUAGUGCCCCUAACCAUGGGGGUUGUGGGGGGGGGAGAGAGUCAUGGUGGGCGUGUGGCCCUAUUCCUUCCCUCCUGUCACCUGGGGGGGUGAACCGGGGUUGGUAAUCCUGUCCAGGCUUGGGAACACCAUAAAACAUAACGAACUAUCAAAACAAGAAUAAACAAGAAGUUUUGCAGGAGAAGUGCAGUUUGUAUUUGUCUGCUGCUCUUUGGACUUAGGACCCAGUCAUGUCACAAUGGCCGAGUGGUUCCGUGGGGUAAAAGCGACUACUGUGGCUGGGUCCCAGGUCAGUGUUGCCCCUGGUCUCAUGGAUCGUCGUCGGGGGCUGUCAGUCCCAGUGCUCGCAGUAAUGUGGGCGCCUCUUCGGCCAAGGUGAUCCUGUGGAUAGUUCCGUUGUGGCUCACUGUGAGAGCUCAUGGGGUAGUCCAUUGGUAUGAGAUUCCCGCUUGUCUUAGUUGGCUUGUGGCCUGGAGGAGAGAUUUGCGCCAUUGUAAGGUGGGCCUUAAUAGGUCCUGGUAGAAGAAUAGAUCAGCUCCCUCGAAUGUGUAGGGAGUUCGGUUUCGUAGUGCAGCAAGUAGUGCCUGUUUGUCUUGGGCUAAUGUGCAGUGUACUAUGACGUAACUCACUGAGUUUGUUGGGGAUUUUGGCAGGCGGAAUAUGCCAUCAAAGGUGAGUUUUUUUUGGCUUGUGGGGGCGAUAAUAGCGAGGCCUCAGGUAGUGGGGUAUCUCUGCCAUGGUGACAGACUCCGGUACCCCUCUUAUCUUCAGGUUGUUGCGUCUGGAACGGUCCUCUAGCGAAGCAAGGUGUGCAGAAAAGGUUUGUUGUGUCUUUUGGAUGGUUUGAAUAGAGUCUUUAAUUGUGGAUACUUCUUGCCUUAUAUCUAUGAUGUCCUCUUCGCUUGCUCUGACUUUGUCAGUGACCACCUGUAGGUCGGCCUGAAUGACUGCUAUGUCUAUGGCUAGUGUCUGGCGGAAUUCAGUCAGGUAGUUUGUAAUGUCCUGCUUGGUGGCCAGGGCUGAUAAGUCAGGGAGGCCUGUAAUUGGUGCCCCUGCCGCUUGUGGUGGGGUGUGAGCUCGUGGGUUGUGAAGUGCUUGGGCCUGGGGGUCGGCUGGGAGCUCCUGAUUCUCUGGGGCCGCCAUUUUGUGCUGGGCCUGUCACUGUAAAAGGGCCCCUAUGUCUUGGGAUUCGGAUGGCAUACCUGUUGUAGGUUUCUGGGAGCAUCUCCCCAUAUUUGUGGGCUGCUGUGCUGUUGAUGGGUUUUCUGUACCACAGUAAAGCUCUCCCUGGUGUGGGAUGCAUGCGAGAAGAUCCUCCAGGUGUGGAGGAAGAUGGUAGGCCGCGGCCUUUUUCCGCCACCAGUUUUGUCCGGUUUUUGCAAUAAACGGCAUGUGUCGAUGCCGGAUGGCCUCCUCUCCCUUGUGCUGUUGUUGGUAUGGCUGGAUGGGCUGUGAAUUUGGAGGAUUUCGGCGGAUUGUGCAGGUUGCCGUCGGAGCUGUGGAAAAUGGCGUCCGCUUCGUUCCACGGCUAAGCCCCCCCCCCCGCCAUGUUUUAUUUUUAUUUGGCCAGGUAACAAGCAGGGAGGGGGGCUAUGACAUUCCCUGGUGGUCCAGUGGCAUGGACUGUGCAGGGGGGGGGACACAGGGGAGGCGGCAGCAAGCUGUGACUUACCUUCCCAGCAGCUCCCUGUGUAAAUCUCAUGGCCUGUGGCCACGCGGAGCGUUGCCAUGGUAACCCGUGGCAACGCUCUGCGGCCGCGGGACUCGCGAGAUUUAGAUAGGGGAGCUGAAGGAGCUGCUGGGAAGGUAAGUCACAGCUUUCCGCAGGGCACCCCAGGACCUGGUAUGGAUUAUCGGCAAUAUCAGUAUCUCUAUUGGCUGAUGCCGAUAUUGCCGAAAAUCGGCCGAUAAUAUCGGUAAAACCUAUAAUCGGUCGAUCCCUACUCAGUACGCAGAUGGGUAGUUGACCUCUUUUGAACAGUACAUACUAAAGGGGCACUAUAGGCACACAUACCAAUUCUCAUUGAAGGGGUCUGGGUGCAGUGUUUCGGUCCCACUUAGUCCUGCAAUGUAAAUCAGUUUUAGAGAAACUGCAAUGUUUACAUUGCAAAGGUAAAGGGAUAACUAUAAUCACUAAAAUAACUUUAGCUUAAUGAAGCAGUUUGGGUGUAUAGAUCAUGCCCCUGCAGUUUCACUGAUCAAUUAUCUGCCAAUUAGAAGUUAAAUCACUUUUUUUAUAGUUUAUGCAGCCCUAGCCACACCUCCUCUGCUGAAGGACAACAAAAAAACAUAAUGGUUUCAUUUUCAAUCAGAUGUAACUUACUUUAAAUGUUUUUAUCUCCUGUUCUGUAAAUUGAACUUUAAUUACACACAGGAGACUCCUGUUGGGUCUAACAAGCUAUUAACAGAGCAGGGAAUAAAAUAAAUUGUAGAUUAAACAGGAAGUGUUUAGGAAUGUUGUGUAAGUCACAUGCAGGGAGGUGUUACUAGAGCUGCAUAAACAAAGGGAUUUAACUCCUAAAUGGCAGAGGAUUGAGCAGUGACACUGCAAGGGCAUAAUCUAUACACCUAAACUGCUUCAUUAAGCUAAAGUUGUUUUGGUGACUAUAGUGCUUUUAAAAUCUACCUCUAGCAGUCUCACAGACAGCCACUAGAGGCACUUCCUGCAGUUUCACAUAGUUUCUGUGAAAUGACGCUAGACGUCCUCCCGCUUAGUGUAAGGACUUCCAGUGCCUUGAUAAAGGCCUAAUUCCUUCAAAUCAAAAGAACACAGGGCAGAGAGGGUCAUUGGCAGUUUUGAGCACUGACUUUCUAACUGUUCCUCACAUUUUUCAUUUUAUAAUGAUUCUUAUGGUAUUGACAACAGCUCCACGGAAGUUAUCUAUUUCCAGAGUAACAUACCAUGAUCCGCUACAGAACUAUUUCUGUAAAACUAUUUCCUUUCACCAAGAACAUGAAUCAUUGUUACAGGAGACAAUGUCUCAUCUAAGGUUUUCACGAAUUAUAGUCUCCGUGUCUUGUAAUAUAAAAGAUCUCCACGUUUUUCCUUUCCAGAUGAGCAAAGCAGAAAACUAUAUUUAGACAUUCUCAGUUUGAAGCAAUCUCCGUUCUGCUGCAGCAGACCAGCAAUGAAAGUAUUAAUAUAUGACAUCUGCCAUUUUAAUGGUAAAUUAGGCAACAUCUUCAUCCUAUUCAAGCUCCAUUUUUUUUUUUUUUUUUUUUAUCAAUGGAGGUCUCACCUAUGCCAUGUUUCUUCUAAGGCAUCUUGCAUUUCCAGAAGCAGAAAAUCUUAUUCUUGCAAUUGGAUACUUAUCAAUACGGAGACUACAGUUCCAGACCGGAACCUACCUGGGCACUCAAGUUAUGCAGGGAAUGUGAAGCCUGGAUCUGAUUCGAAAAAGUGUGAAAGGCUCUUUUUUUAAAAAAAAAAUUUCCCCAGAUUAAUCAAUACAGUUUAAUGUAGAAUCUCCUCCUAUUUAAAUUUUUAGACUUUAUUAAAUAAUUAGAUCUUGGGCAGUAGAACAUAGUGAUGCACCUCAAGGAACUCAAAUAUCUUGGACAAAUUAAACAGAGCAUAAUGAGCAUAAGAGACUGUUCACUAAAACGUUGUCCCUUUCUGUACGUAGGGUGACUAUAUAUGCCAGAGGUCACUAUGUGCAUUAAUGGAUAAACACUUCAAAUGUAACCCAAAUCACGGGUUCUCUCUUUGGCAUAUAGCUGCUGUAAGAUUUAAAAAAAUAAAACGAGAAAACCCAUAGCUUUUCAUUUAAAGGCUGUAUUUUGUAAAUUUUAAGGUUACAUAUUUCAUCUUGUUGCAAGAAAAGUGCUGGUUACUGCUAUCAAAAAAAAAAGCUAAUCAACAUGUAGAAGCAAUGGCAAAUGAAUGUCAGUAGUUUUAACUGUCAAGUAUGCUCAGUGUCUGCUUUGUACCGAAAUCUCUAUGUCCCUCUUUCCCAUCGUUAAACCGUUUUAUUGAGGUGUUCGGCAAUAAACAGAGAGCAAGUAUUUGUCGUUACAUCAUUUUAUCCAGUAGCCUCAGAGAAUUUUAGGAAACUUACCAAAAACCUCCAACCCUCCCCUCCAUCCCCGAACUCGCCAUUAAGAUUUGACAAGGUACUAUUCAUUAGGUGACUUUUCCAUCUGUACGUCUUUUUUUUAUUUAUUUUUUUGUAGGAGCAUUGCAUUUAUGGAGCAUUUUAGAGUUCUAACAGUUUGCUCGCAUUUAAACAUCACAAUAAUCUGCAUUUAAACUGCAGACAAUUUCAAAUUUGUGUAAAAGGGGAUACAUUUUUCUUAAUUAAUUUUUUUUUUUUUUUUUUACAGUCCAUAGCAGGCCAAAAGAGCACACACAAAUGUAGAGAUACAGUACAUUAAAAAUAGUUUUGCUGUGUUUUUGUUGCAAUUCUUGUUUGCUCUAAAAUUGCAUAUUAAUAAUUAAGUUUGAACACGUGAGUUGUAUCCAGUUUUUACUAUUGGUGGAUCCUCAACUAUUCAUUUUCUAUAAUUUCCAUAAUUAAUGAUAAUUUUUAAGUAUUUAAGUUGUGCUCGUAUUUUUUAUUUGGACUUUAACACAUUUUCUCAAAUCAUGUUUUCCUGGCAUUUGAAAUAAAUACUGCAUGAGGCCUUCCAGGAAGGAGAGCUGGGUUUCCAUACUCUAGGUUGCUGAUUUAUGGAGUUUCACCUAUUUCAGCCUCUUGACAUUUGUUCCCAUGUUAUCUUAUUUUAGGUACUGGAAGCGGUUCUCUGUCCCAUGCUAUCAUACGUACAGUUGCUCCCACCGGCCAUCUUUACACAGUAGAAUUCCACCAGCAGAGAGCCGAGAAGGCAUUGGAAGAAUUUCAGCAACACAAGGUGGACCACCUAGUCACCGUGAAAAACCAGGAUGUGUGUAAGAGUGGAUUUGGAGUGUCUCACGUUGCAGAUGCUGUAUUCCUGGACAUCCCAUCUCCUUGGGAGGCCAUCGGUCAUGCAAAGGCUGCUCUAAAAACUGGAGGUACAUCUAGAAGUCAAUGCAUUUGAUAGUUGAUUAAAAUGUAGACAGAAAUAGCCAAACUGAGACUUUAAGCAAGAUUUUCCAAAUCAGAAUUUUUUUAUUUAUUUUUUGCAGUUCAAUAUCCAAAUCAAGUGGUUGGUCUUCUCCUAAGUGAAGUUUUCAAAGUAUUUUUAAAAUGUUGAUGACAAUGACCUAACAUGUCCUAACUUGCACAUGGUAUAAACUGUAGUACGAAUUUAGGACUCCUUUGCAGUAUAUAACAUAUAUAUUGGAACAUUUUUUUAAGACCUAGCACCACAUGGCUUGGUUUAAUAAACUUUGCUCUUUUUGAUUGAUUUAUUUAUUUAUUUUAAUUCUUUCUUUUUGGUGCAAAGAUUAUACUUUACAUAAUUGCUCGCAAUGCCCCAACAGCAGUUGCUAGCGUACCAUGCAACAUGUAAUAACAAUAGUUAGGCAUGAGUAACAUUGCACAUUUUUUUUUAUUAAGGUAGAUUAAACUGUUGUGUAAUACCAGCCAAAAAGAUUAACUAAACUUAGGGACUGACUAGUCUUGCAUAUCGUUGAGUCUGAGUGUGGGCUUCGUUGUCAUGGGCCAUCUCUCGAUCCAAACUGGUUGGGAUUAUUCUUGCAGAGCUGGUCAGGAAGGUAUACUUAAUUCGCCUGAUUUACCCUGAGGCAUGGAGGGGACGGGAGGGCAGGGACAUCGUAUUAUGUGCGGCAGUCGGUGUUGACGUAGUGCUUUCUGUCACUAAGUGGAGGGCUAGAAAGGUGGUAACGUAGGUUAAGUGCUAUAAGGUUAUUAGCUAGGCACUAUUGGGUCAGGUCGUGGCCAUGGCCCGAGAGGUUGAAGUAGUUGGCCUAGGCACAAAGUCAAGGGUGGCUGCAGGGUUCCAGCCAUGAGGAUACGAGUGUCCCGUUGCCUGUGUUGUUGGGGGGAGGCCCAGAGCCUGUAGGUUCUCUGCUGCAUCUUGUGGUCAUGGAUUGUGAUGAUGGCGUCUCCCUGUUGGAUUAGCAACGUAUGAGCCUGGCUCCAGUGGUAGCUGAUGUUCUUUGCGCAUAGGAGGGAGGUAAACGGUCAGAGUGUUCGCCACCAAGCCAAAGUUCCUCCACAGAGAUCCGUGUAGAAGGAUAGAGACAUCCCUUCGAAACUGUAAGGCGACCGCCCUCUGAUGGCGGCUAGUACCGCUGUUUUAUCCUUAUGGCUUUGGAAUUGUAUCACCAGAUCCCCUGGGGCUGCGGGUGGUGCUCUGGCAGGUUUUGGGAUUCAGAAUAUUCCCUCCAGUGUCACUGCCUUUGCCUGCUUUGGGGUUAGUAAGGCCAUCAGGAGGCGUCAGGCGAAGUGUGGGAGUUUAGCCGGCGGUAUGUUCUCCAAGACCACUCUGAUUUUUCAGGUUUUUCUGCCUCCUUCUGUCCCCUAGGGUGUUAUCUGUGUUAGUAAGUUAGGUUCUGGUGCUGUAGCUCUGUCACCGCCUGUUGCAACUCUGUGAUUUGUUGUGUGUGUUCUUGUGUAGUACUCUGCCACACUACACUAAGGCGGUCUGUCAGGCCCCACAGGUCCUCCCGUAUCAUAGCCACAUCCGCCGAGAUUUUCUUUUGCAGGUCCGCCAUGAGCCUCUGAAGGCAGCUAGUGUCACUGGUGCGGCGUCAGAUACGGGAGGUGGGGGCGCCGUAUGUGCCGCUGUUUGCAGCACCGCUGUUGGGGUGAGGUCUCCCUCUGCUUCAUCUGAUGUCCCGUCGGAGACGUUUGAGCAGCCACUGUGGAUGGAUGCCAUCUUGGGCUCGUGGGCGCCAUGGGCCUGCCGCCACAGAUCACCAAAGCUCAUACCCUGCCGGGGUCUGUUGGGUUUUUGUUUUUUCGUAUUUCUGUCCGUGAGGUAAGUGUUGGGGUCUCCCCGGGUUUCUUUUGAGCGUGGAUCGCCCUGAUUAUUUGGUAUUUGCCCUCUAUUAUUCCGGAGCUCAGAGGCCAUGCGACUGUCCGCUUCAGUAGUUAGGCCAUGCCGCCAAACCUUGCUCUUUUAAGUGGAAAAGUGGACCUUAUUUUUAUGGGUCGUUUAAUAGAGAAAUAUUGCAUAGACCUUAAAAGUAAAUGUACAAUUUUUACAGUUGUAUAACAGAAACUGCCUUUUCUAAAUGCUUCAGAAAGUUUUCUAUGCAAAUGAACUGAUGCAAUUAAACAUAACUCCCAACAUUUUAGAUGGCCGAAGGUGGACAUUUUAAUUUUAGGGGUGUGAGUGGGGUGAAGCCACGGUUGGGGCUGUUCUGAGAAAUUUUAAGUGAUUUACUUAAUGGAUUUUAGAAAAAGAACAAUGUAUCUUAUUUACACAGACUGGUUUCUACACACAUUUAUUGUAGUUUAAAGACACAUUACUGGAAGUAUUGCUUUGAUCUGUUAUACACACCAACACACCAGCAAUAUGGAGAGCUUAGAAAAAAAGAGUCAGAUGCAUUUGGGCCCAAAAUAAGGACUGACUCUCUUAAACAGGGACACUUGGGUGGUAUGGUAACUGCAAAGACAUUUGGAAAGCAGGAGAUUAAUUUGUACUAGAAGACUUUUGAACAAACACUGAUGUUUGAUAAUAUCUGAUUAUGUUUGUGUCUCCAAAAAUCUUUCUGACAAUAACACAGAGAAUAUUUUCUACAGCUUGAUUGAAAUAAUUAAAUAUUAAUCUUUUGAUUGUAACUAAUAUACGUUAAAGGAACACUAUAGUCACCUAAAUUACUUUAGCUAAAUAAAGCAGUUUUAGUGUAUAGAUCAUUCCCCUGCAAUUUCACUGCUUAAUUCACUGUCAUUUAGGAGUUAAAUCACUUUGUUUCUGUUUAUGCAGCCCUAGCCACACCUCCCCUGGCUAUGAUUGACAGAGCCUGCAUGAAAAAAAAAACUGGUUUCACUUUCAAACAGAUGUAAUUUACCUUAAAUAAUUGUAUCUCAAUCUCUAAAUUAAACUUUAAUCACAUGCAGGAGGCUCUUGCAGGGUCUAGCAAGCUAUUAACAUAGCAGGGGAUAAGAAAAUCUAAAUUAAACAGAACUUGCAAUAAAGAAAGCCUAAAUAGGCCUCUCUUUACAGGAAGUGUUUAUGGAAGGCUGUGCAAGUCACAUGGAGGGAGGUGUGACUAGGGUUCAUAAACAAAGGGAUUUAACUCCUAAAUGGCAGAGGAUUGAGCAGUGAGGCUGCAGGGGCAUGUUCUAUACACCAAAACUGCUUCAUUAAGCUAAAGUUGUUCAGGUGACUAUAGUGUCUCUUUAAUGUGCAAGACUUCAUGACAAUGACCUUUCUUGUGUCCAGUAAUAUGUUUCUAAUGGUUUCCAUGCAUGGGAAGCUAUUCUUAUUUCAUGGAAAGUAAUAACUUUAUUCUAGAUUGGUUGCUAUUCUAAUGUAUUAGUUAGAAUGCGCAUAUAUGAAAAUGAAGGAAGAUGUAAACGUUCCUGAAAAUGGCCACAGGCAUGAAAUAAACAGAUCAUGAUGUAGUGGGAUUCAAAGCAUAGUCGAUCAUCAUCAUAACAAAAGCUCCUAGCUCUGCGAAGGUUCAAAUUUGUGUUUUGUCCAUUUUUAAAAAUAAAUUUUUUCUCUAACAAAAAAAAACACAAACUACUAUCCGCAACAUAUUUCAAGAAUAAUAAUUAAAAAGUAAUAAUUACACACACUUGGUGUUUAACAAAAUACUACUAUUCCCAAAUCCAGAAAACCAAGUGCCCCUCUCCUUGGAUGAUAUAUAGUGUAUAUAUUUAUAUGUGUGUUAUGUGAUGUGGUCCUUUAAGUGUUGCCCCAUCUAUUGAUCUUUAUUUAUUAUGGGUGAAAUUUCUGUAAUAUUUUCAUUUUGGAAUCAGGUGAGUAUGAGUAAAAUGUUCAGGAUUCGUGCUUUGCAGGCCUGAGUCAGCACACAAAUUGCUCUUACAGACAACACAAAGGGGAUAUGAUAGAAACAUUUAAAUACAUAAAGGGAAUCAACACAGUAAAGGAGGAGACAAUUUUUAAAAGAAGAAAAACUACCACAACAAGAGGGACAUAGUCUUAAAUUAGAGGGACAAAGGUUUAAAAAUAAUAUCAGGAAGUAUUACUUUACUGAGAGGGUAGUGGAUGCAUGGAAUAGCCUUCCAGCUGAAGUGGUAGAGGUUAACACAGUAAAGGAGUUUAAGCAUGCGUGGGAUAGGCAUAAGGCUAUCCUAACUAUAAGAUAAGGAUAGAAAUAUCGGGCAGACAUAGAUGGGCCGAAUGGUUCUUAUCUGCCGUCACAUUCUAUGUUUCUACGUUACAUUCCUUGCUUCCACUCAGCCCUUCCUAAACCAUUUUACGUCCAUUCCUGCAGGAAUGAUUUAGGCAUCUCGACCCACAAACCAGCUCACAUCAUUUGGGAAAAACGUUUCUGGUUUGGGUGUAUUUUAUGCCUGGCAUUUGGAUAAAGUGAUUAAAGCUGACGUUCUGCUCCCGUAGAGAGCCUUCAUUAUGAGAGAUUUUACAUGUCUGACAGCACCUUCUCGUUCCUGCAGUUAUAAUGGGGUUCUGCUGGGCACAGUUAACACUCCAUGCUGGGGGACGGACACAAGUUAGAUCUUUACUUGUUGUAUAAGCAACUACGGCUGGCAACGCAUUAUGGGAGUUGUAGUUUAGAAUAUCUCUGGCUGUACCAUGCAGUGAGCCUCGUACUGCAUUCCGAAUAUGGACUCCUGCCCAACAUUCCGCACUCCUGAGAAUCUGCUUUUUAUGCUAGCGUUGAGUUGUAUUUGUGUAAACAAUUUGUGUGCUGCUCGUAAUUCCUCUCCUGUCAGUCAUUGUAGCUGGCGGAGUUCCCCAGCUGAGUUAUUCUCAAAUUCCUAAGUAUUCAGUAUUUAUGGUUGGCUUUCAGAUGUUUCAUUGCAGGACACCUCACUCCUUAACUUCCUGUGAUUGUGUCAGGAUAAUGUGGGAUGGUGAGAGGUCCUCUUUCUUCUAUUGAUGGUAUCCCAAUUCUGGCCCCUGGUUGCUUUGAGAUCAUUCUAGGACACAUUUGGAAAAAGUUUUUUUUUUUUUUUUUAAAUAGCUAUCUGGUUUUUAUAUAUAUAUAUUGUUUUAAAAUUAUAAAAAAUAAAAAAAUCUUUAAUUUUUGUCCACCAAAGUUUUAGGUUGUUUUAGCAUAUUUUCGACGUCUGUUAGGGGUGUCACUGUAUAUAUACCUUUAAAAAAAAAAAUUUGAACUUUACAUAUUUAGACAUUUUUUUUAACCCGAAUCAUACAUUGGAAUUUCCCUCCUGAGUGACUUUUCACGAGAUUACAUACUUUACAUACACAUCUUCAGUCAGUGACUGACAUUGGCUUUUGUUGUAUCACCCGUUUCCUAAUCCUGGGAUUUGAGCAUAAUUUGUUUCUGGACAAAGAGUAUUUUAUUAAAUUGAAAAUAUGGUGUGUAAAUGUUUCCUAUUUUUGAAGGACUAUAAUGUGGAAAAUUAUGCCUCCUCAAGAGGAACAGACUCUUAACCCUACAAAUUGUACACAGCAGGAUAAUUAAUUGUUUAUUUGGCAAACAGCAGAACCGCAGCUCUGCUCUCUCUCCUGGGAGUAGUGAGAGUUUGGUCCAAGUUGUCUGUGCAGACACCCCGUGCAAAACUUAGCCAAAAUUAACACCGUCAACCCAGAGCUGUCAUUCCUGACUGCCGGACAUCCCUGAUGGGGCAGGCUUAGAACUGCAUCUUCUUUUACAAAUAUUCUUAGUUCUAAAUGAUUCUCAAGACCUUGCUGUGCACAAUCAUCUCUGAAAAUAGGACCCUUUGCAAAUAUAAAUGCCCCUUUAACUACUUAAAUUCUAUAUAGAAACAUAGAAUGUGACGGCAGAUAAGAACCAUUCGGCCCAUUUAGUCUGCCCAAUUUUCUAAAUACUUUCAUUAGUCCCUGGCCUUAUCUUAUAGUUAGGAUAGCCUUAUGGCUAUCCCACGCAUGCUCAAACUCCCUCACUGUGUUAACCUCUACCUCUUCAGCUGGAAGGCUAUUCCAUGCAUCCACUACCCUCUUAGUAAAGUAAUACUUCCUGAUAUAUCAUUUUUAAACCCUUGCCCCUCUAAUUUAAGACUAUGUCCUCUUGUUGUGGUAGUUUUUCUUCUUUUAAAUAUAGUCUCCUCCUUUACUGUGUUGAUUCCCUUUAUGUAUUUAAAUGUUUCUAUCAUAUCCCCCCGUCUCGUCUUUCCUCCAAGCUAUACACGUUAAGAUCCUUUAACCUUUCCUGGUAAGUUUUAUCCCGCAAUCCAUGAACCAGUUUAGUAGCCCUUCUCUGAACCCUCUCUAAGGUAUCAAUAUCCUUCUGAAGAUACGGUCUCCAGUACUGUGUACAAUACUCCCAAGUGAGGUCUCACCAGUGUUCUGUACAAUGGCAUGAGCACUUCCCUCUUUCUACUGCUAAUACCUCUCCCUAUACAACCAAGCAUUCUGCCAGCAUUUCCUGCUGCUCUAUUACAUUGUCUGCCUACCUUUAAGUCAUCAGAAAUAAUCACCCCUAAAUCCCUUUCCUCAUAUGUUGAGGUUAGGACUCUAUCAAAUAUUCUGCACUCUGCCCGUGGGUUUUUACAUCCAAGAUGCAUUAUCUUGCACUUAUCCACGUUAAAUGUCAGUUGCCACAAUUCUGACUUUAUUUCUAGUUUACCUAAAUCGUUUGCCAUUUGGCUUAUCCCUCCUGGAACAUAUAUGUAUUUUUCAGUAGGCAAAUAGGAAGUAUUUCUCUUUACGUGUCUCAUCCAGGACGGAAUUCUUUUAUUUGACUCUUUUUAUAAUGCAUUAUCUUAUACUUCAUUAAAACGGAGGCCACUUCUUGCCUGGAGUGUCCCUUUAAUGAUCGGUUAUUUGCAUAUAUUAGGUCCUGUUUUAUUAUGAGAUGAUUUAUAUGGGGAUCACAAUAUGACUUAUGAUUUAUGUUUGCCAGAAGGGCAUGCAGCACAUUUGAAAAAAUGACCAGAGGAAAAAGGUUAAAAAGUGGACAAAGCUUGCAUUGCCUGAGACUCGUCUUUUAUUGGCACUAUUAGAUUCCUGUUACAUAGUCUCGUGUAAUGCUGGAUAAUAUAAUCUAUAAGCUGGCCCUCCCAGCAUAAAAUUACACCAGCUACAGCAGAUUCUCUGAAAGCUGCCUCGGCAAGUCUGCGCUCCCAAAGGAGCGUUCAACGUGACCGUCAUAGGUUUUUCUGAGUUUCGCUCUGCAAGGUUGCCAAAUUAUGUUUUUUUUAAAAGGACAGAGUUGUAGAAUGUAAAAUAUAGAGUGAAUGCAGCGGCCUUUGUGUAUUUGGGUAUGCGCUUUCCACGCUUAAAUGUACAGUCCAACAUUAAAAAUUAAUAAGACUGCUCCUCCUGGUUUUUAGAUUUAGAACGUCCCUGCAUUCCACUCUCCCACACUAAGAACAUUGAGGUUGGUGAUCUCUUGUCCAAUAGCGAUGCUUCACAUAAUGCUGCAACUGCUACAAUCCAGCAUUUAAUACUUUUCACAGAGAAGAUUUAAACCCACUGCUUCUCUGUGAGUAACACUGGCUUUCGCUUCGAACGACUGUUAAAAGCAAUCCAAAUGCCAGUCAGGAAGGUACAACUAAUGGGAUUUAUAAACAUGGUGAAUUCACUUCAAAUCAGCACUUUUGUAAAAUAAGACAAAUGGAACCUGCAGUUAAUCCCGCAAGCUGAAAUACUUUAGGGAACGGAGUGUUCUUUUGCUAAAACAGCAAUGUGGCACUAGAGCUUAACCGUUAAAUGUAAAAAACGCAUUAACCUUUUUAAUGUAAACAUUUUAACAAAACGGCAAUGUUUUACAUUAAAUUUCCGAAACCCAUCAUUGAGAUAGUGAUUGGGUGACUUUACUGGUCGUCUAAGUUUGCCUGGCAUCCUAGGAAACAUUAACCAAUAUCUGGGGUGCCAAAAUGAGUAUUUACUGGUCUUAGCAUUGGUACAGUACUCAGUUAAAGGGGCAGUCUGCGUUAUAAACACUACAAUGAACCUCUUUUUUGAGCAAUUUGUAACAAUCUGGGGCUCUCCAAACACGUCCAGGAUUUUGGAAGUCCACUACUACGUUAGCCAAGCCACAGCAGAGGGGUCGAGACUGCAGAGAUCUGUUUUUGAGAACUGUUUUUUGUUAAUCUAUUAAAAAUCUGUUCUUUCACAGACAAGAGUAUGGUGAUCUCUCUAAAAUGAAGCAGUAAUGCCAAGGUAGUAAAUAUCGUUAGGAACUGUUAUACUUUUACCUUCUGCCUUUUGCUAGAUCACCACCAUUCUCAGAGGGUCCAUAGGUGUCACUCAAUAUGAUAACAUUCGCCCUCUGGUUCUACCUUGUUGUCUCUCCCUUUCUGAUGACCCUGGGACACUUUCCUAUGCAGAACAAUCUUCCUUAAUAAUGCCAACCCAAUCACAGCAAAACAAAGCUAUGCAUUAAAUAUAACAGGAGUUCCCCUGCUGGGGCCCUUUAUCUUAAAGGGACACUAUAGUCACCAGAACCACUAUAGCUUAAUGCAGUGGUUCUGGUGUCUAUAGCGUGUCCCUGCCACCUUAUCUGCCUUUUGAGAGAAAAGGCAGUGUUUACAUUGCUGGCAGUGGCAUACACACAACCCAUGGGGCCUCGGUGCAAAAACUGAUCAAAAAAAUUUAAUCCCCCAGCCUCCCUACCUUUGGGAGAGGUGAAGGGAUUCCCUGGGGUCCAGUGGUGUUACUGGGCUGGCUGGCGCGCGCGAGGGAGAACUCUCCCAUGUGUGCUUCCCGUUCAGCUCCCUUGCACGCACCACACUGAUACCGGACACAGGGGAGAGUGCUCCCUCGCAAGCCAGCCUGCCUGCCCACCAGGUGAUACCAGGGCCAGCCUCGGGGAGCCCUGAGGUGGCCAGCUCCUGGGCCCCCCAGGAGAAGAGGCUGGCCACAGUGGGUACAUACCGGGUCGCAGGGCGACCCCGGUAUGUACGCCACUGAUUGCUGGCUAGUUACACCUCCAGUGGCAGUCACUCAGACUGCAACUAGAGGUGCUUCCUGUGUCAGUGCUGCUUAGUGUGCAGCACUGGCAUUCAGUGUCUCCACGCAGUUUUUUUACAGGAGGUAAUCAAAAUUGAUAUCAUCAGACAUGACGCCAUGCAGGGCGUGCCAAAGCGAGACCAUUGUGGUGGGGGAGAAAAUGUAAGGAAAAUCACCUUUAAUCUUUGAAGAGAGGGGAGCCAGGGACCUAAUGCUGCAUUCCAGCACUAUAGUGUUCAUUUAAACUCGUCUGAGCAGGGCUUUCCUCACUUUUUGUAGCUGUACACAAACAUAAUGCAAUUCAGUUAAUUUGAUAUAUUCCUGCAGAUUUCAUUUCAUAGCUGUACAUGACAUGAAUUCCCUUUUUCAGAUUGUUAAAAAAAGAAAUAUAUAUUAAAGAUGGCCAUUCUAAGCAGCAUAAUACACUCUCGGUAGACGUUAUGUUGUCAAGUGUAUCUCUGCGCUAUAUACCAAUUUUAUAACCUAUUAGGAGAGAAUUGACUUAAACCGAGGCUCUCCCCAACACCCUGGACCACCCCUUCUCCGCAGUAUGGAUGAUGCAGAAUUAACACUUCCUUGUUUUCAGUCCUAAUUGUAUCCAACCUGGAUGGCUAUGAUAUGCUGCAAGUGCUGGAGGCGGGACUUGUGAGAUAACCGAGUAUUGCAUAGGUGUUCAUGAUGGGUUGGAGAGGAAACACGUGGUAGGCAGUACAAUCAUAGUCAUUACUAGGGGUGGCUAUUGGUGCUGAAGCUUGCAUGUGGAGUUCUUUAGCCCCAGGUCUCUACAGUUGGUGGAGCAGGCAGGAGGAUAUUAGUGUUGUUUUAAAAAAAUUUUUUUUUUUUUUAUUUAUUUAGAAUUUUAUAUCAGGCAGCUACUCAUCAAUGCACCCACGUAUUACAAAAAUAAAUAUCAGCAGUACAAUGCUCCUUCACACUACAUUAGGGGUGGGGCAGGUACCCCCGGGUGUCAGUUAGGACUGCUGGGGGAAUAACAUUUCUGCACAUCCCUCUACUCAUAAGGUAGCGUGGUGGGAUUGCCUUGAAUAGCUAUGCUGGUGUCCAGCUAGGCUUUCAUUGAGAUCCUGGUAAGUGGAACAUAGAACGGUGGGGAUAUGUCAUGACAAUCUCCAGUUUUCUGUUUGUGAAGGGGUCAUCAAGUGUUCCUUUAAGAUCCCAGGUGUUUCUGUAUUGCACAUGUUCUGUCUCAGAAAGUAAGGAGUAUCUGGAAUCCCCCCUCAUUCAUCAAUAUAGCAUUGCUUGUCCAGUCACAGACUAACUGGCAGGGGGGAGUCCUGUAGGCCACAAGGCUUCUUCUGCGGCUGUAGGUCACAAACCCAAACAAACCACAUGUGGAGCUUGCAGCCACAGCCGUCACUGCCAAGCAGAGCUGUGACAUCACAACGUAGGAUUCUGGAAUGUCCUUGGGGAAGCUGAAUUGGCAGGAAAUAACUGAACAUUUAAUGACUUGAUUGAUUAUAUUUUUUUUAGAUUUUGUUUCUUUCAUUAAUGUUUAAUAUCUUAAUGCUUUGAGUUGCAGAGUCGUACAAACUGCCCUUUUCCCUCCCCCUUUCUAUGAUACUUUUAUAUCUAUAUUCUAUGCAUAUUAUUAUUGUAUGUCAUGUUUGUGUAUGUAAGGUGUUCCUUUAUAUAUUUUUUUCCAUUGUUACAAGGAGUAGAUUCCUCCAUCCAUUCAGUUGCCUCGUUUCACCUCCAUCCUGUCUGUUAAAUGACAGGGCUCUUUAUUGUGUCCGCUUUGUGGCGUCUGACCUUUUUUUGAUAGAGAAGAGGUAAUGCUGGGAAUUAAUUCCUUAUCAAUCACUGUAACUAGUCACAGUGGGGAGGAUAGAUGGGGAAUAAAAUGCAUCUGGAUUUUUUAAUUCUCUCCCCUGUUCUCACCAAAUGUCAGAUUAAUGUAGUUACUGUUGCACCUGCUCUCCUUGCCCGCCUGCAAUAUUCUUUUGUGUCCUAAGGUGUACUGUUUAAAGCUUUAAUGGAAAUAUUUAAUUCCGAUAUCUCUCAUGUUUUAUAGCCACUGAAACGUAUCUCAGAACUUGUGCUGAACUUCGAUCACCCUCUAUGUGCAAAUCUUUAUGGGUAGAAUAAGAUACUACGCUGAAUAGACUCCAGAUUUAUGAUUUCCAUGUAGCAAACCACUCUGCACUCAUUACAAUGACAUUGCCAAAGCUAUGAUAACUUCUAAUAGUCACUUAGGAGAAGCAUGACAUGCACACUAUACAAGAUCUUGUAUGGUUCAGUUUGAAAAUGGUGCUUUCCACAUGACACCACAAGUGGGAGGGGUUUGGCAUGUAGCUGCUGCAUUUGUUUUGCAAAUCACUACUAAUUUACUGAAUAAGCCGAUUCAAAUUCAGAAAUUUGCCCUCAUUCAAUAGAUUAUUACAGGUAUAGGUCCUGGGCUCUCUGCCGUUUUUCUGACCCCCUGUUUAGCGUCUCAUUUGAAGUUAAUAAAGUGAUUUCUACAUUUGUACUGGAGGCUGCAGUGCGGUUAUUUGUAUCUAUACGCUCUUAUUCGACCUUAAUCUUUCUCAAUUCAAUGGUAGCCAGAGACGCCAUUCUUCUAGAGACCGCACCACGUUUGUUAUUAGACCUAGUUGAUGACACUGUUGAUAACAUUGUGAGCAGUGGAUAUAGAGCCCCCCCUUUUUGUUGUGCUAAUUUAUAUAGAUUAAAAGCAGAGACAGAAGAUUAACCUCAGUAAGAGGACAUCACUAUCGAAACCCAUACAUCCAUCUGCUUUGGGCACGGCGUAUGAUGUGUGCUAAUGUUUAAAUGCUGGUGUUGUACUUGUAACUUCACCAUAGGGGUGAUAAUUUUCCCCAGGGUACCUCCGCCUUCUGUCACAAGCCUGACCUCAUGUCAUGUCCCCUAUGCUGUGAAAAUGAUUGGGUUUUUGGCACAGCUGCUGUUGCUGCUGAUGUUUUCAAAUUCUGUCCGCGCACAUGAGGUCCCUAGGGAUGUGCUUGCUGACAGUCAUGUUACAUUCUAUGGAGUUUGAGAUGACUCUGUUACUGAGAGCCACAGUUGAAAGAUGUCAGACAUUUAGUUUGGUAUUGGCAGGAUGAUGCACCCGGGAGUUGCCUAAUUCUUCCAACCUCCAGCAGCCUACAAUGCAAUCUGUGUCUUGCUCCCUCCAGCAUGCUAAAUAUAAAGCGUGGAGCCCCUUAGUGGUUUAAUUCACAACAUUAUACAGAUGAAGAUAGAACUUUCAGCUCUCCUUGAACCUGGACGCAAAAUCAGAAUGAAUUGUAACUCUUUAGCUGCCUCAGUACGAUGGUCUGUGGAUACACCACAAUAUUACAUCAUCUCUGAGAGAGGGGAAUGUGAUACAAAGCUACUUGAGUUAUCAGCAGCUAUCUGGACUGCCUAGGAAACGUCUAUUAAAGGAACACUAUAGCGUUAGGAAUACAAAUAUGUAUUUCUAACACGAUAGAACAACUAGGGCCCCAUUCUGCGGCGAAUAAAUGGUUAAUUAACCAUUUAUUUGCUUACCUUAAUCCAACGCCGGGCUUCCUCGGCAUUGGUGACCUCUCCUCCUCCAUAGACGUCAGCCUCCGAGUGGAACCGAAUGUGCAUGCGCAGCCAGAGGCAUGUGCGCAUUCAAACCCGCCCAUAGGAAAGCAUUACUCAAUGCUUUCCUAUGGGGAUCUAUUUUGACUUUGGACUCCAUGAUGAUGUCCAGUGUCAAAUAAGUGCGAUUUACUCCGUGUAAAUCGCGGAAGCGGCCUCUAGUGGCUGUCAGGGUGACAACUACUAGAGGCUGGAUUAACCCUGCAGUGUAAACAUAGCAGUUUCUCUGAAACUGCUAUGUUUUCAGCUGCAGGGUUAGAACUAGGGGGACCUGGCACCCAGACAACUUCAUUGAGGUGAAGUGGUCUGGGUGCCUAUAGUGGUCCUUUAAACCAAACAUAACACUUAGAUUUGUUGAGUUCAGAGAUCUUCUUUUCAAACAAAAGCAAGAAUGACACUUAAUGUUUGCCCUUGGAAGCUCUGUUUAUUGCCACACAGUGCUCCAGUUUUUGUGAAAUACAUACUGUUCAUGGCUUUGAAAUGAAAUAUACAUUGCUAUGUAAAUAGGGAGGAUUUUUUUCCCAUCACAAAAUCUUGUGUCUUUACUUAGCCCCAGGUUUUACUUAUUCAUUAGGGCCAUUGUAUCUGUUACAGAUGUCGAUGGAAAAAAACCAAGGAGACUCCAGCAUCCGUCAUAGCCGAUCUUGCGCAUACGUAGAGGUGCUGUAGACCCCUGUUGUGCUGCGUUCAACAAGUUGUUCACUCUGAAAAGUUAUAACAAACUGCUUUAACCUCCGUCAUUUGCCAAAAACUCGGUCUUGUACGUGAUAGUAAAUAACAUCCUUUUAUGAGCUUUACAGAAACAUUCUAUCUUUAUGAAACGCUCCAGAGUUCUAAUUAAAGGGAUUCUAUCACUUCUAUAGAAAUUCCCACUAUGAGACAGAGCAGUGUGGGUUUUAACAAGUACAUUUUUUUUUUUUUUUACACGCUAUUAUUUUAAACCAUUUGGGUGGUAAAGCACAUUUUUUGCUUUUUAUUUGAGCAGAUAUCCAAGUGAUACCUCUGAUCUCCCAAUAUAGCAACCAUUGACCUCUAAUAAUAUCCGAAAAGCUGCCUCGUGGGUGGCCGACGUAAAACGAAUAUGCAGACUGUCUCCCAAACAAUGGUUGGCAAGACAAAACGCGUGCAAGAUUUGGUGUUUUGAUGCUAUCUUGUCACAUGUUUCCUGUUUAUGGAAUUGGAAAUAGCCUGCCAAAAGUCACAUGGUUACUGUAACUAUGUAUUGGCGCGAUCAGUCCUAUGUCAUACUAUUCUAGAAUUCUCCUUAUCACUAAAAGUCUGCUCUAAAAAAAAUGGGGGUGGAUGCUGUGUCAGUAAAUGUUUCAGUAGAAUUGUUCAGUUAAAGGGCACCCAUCAAUGCAGUCAUUUCUUCUCCUCUGGAAUCUACCGCAUUGAAUAAAACAUUACUACUUUUAACCUUAUUAACCGGAUAUGUUCUGUUUUCUUUUAAAGUUCUUUUAAAUACUUAGCAAAUGGCAUAAUAAUGCAGUUCAGACAAGGCAAACAUUUUAUCAUAAUAGUAUUUGUUCUUCUUUUCUCUGAAUGCUUUCUCUGUGCUGACUGCCGGGUCCGAACGACCGAGAUUGAAGCAGUGAUUGAAAGGGAGAUUAGAUGGAGGGGCAGUUCUAGCUCAUUGGCUGAAAGCAUCAUCUGAUCACUCUCAGCCAAUGAAUUAAGACCUGCAAUGCUGGACAUCGCACAAACCGAGCGCUGCUAACUCUCUGGCUGAUGUAGUGGAGGCAGGGAGAGGUGCUUGGGUGAUACCUGGUAAUAAGUCUAACGGUUCUAAAACAGUUUUAAUACUUACAUUUAGGGGGGCACCAGUGCAUUCCUAGCACCAUAUCCACUACAGUGUGCCAAAGUGAUUAUUAUGUUUUGAGUGAGACAACUUUAGCAUGGGGGCCCUAAAUAACAAUAAGGGGGGAGAACCUAUUGUCCUCCCCCCCCGACCCGCACCCUUGAGCGGUGGGUAGGGGCCCUAAAUAAGAAGGUUGGGGGGGUGACCUACUGUCCCCGCCCUCCCCCCCCCAGCCCCUACCCCUGCGCAGAAGGUGGGGGCCCUAAACACGAAUGUGGGGGGGGGACCUACUGUCCUCCCCCCUUAGCCCCCAAUCCAUAGUGAAUUUCAAAUUUAAGGCCAAAGUAGCCAAACUGAAAGCAUAUCGGAUUAAGAUCAUUUUUGCAGUUAGACUAUUUUUGACUUGAGUUUGAAAUUCACUUUGAGUUCUCACGUUAGUGGAUAGCCCUGUUAGCAUAUUGUAAUUAGUUAAAACUGUAUGUUCUCUAAAGUGCCAUCAUUACUCGAUUGCAUGGCUGGUUCUGUGUAAAAAGCAAUUAGACAAAACCCCAUCAAAGAGCCAGUUUAAUGCAGUCUGUACAAACUUACAUUUUACCGAAAUAUAGGGGAAAUUUUUGGCUUAACACGCAAUCCCAGCAUUCUCCCUACGUGUGCUGGAUACUGAUAGACUGAGAGGAAGUUCCCAGAGCCCCAUUGCCAUUCUCAGACAUGCAAUAAAUUUGUCAAUAAUUAAUGAUAGAGGAUGCGCGGUGUGGAACUAUAAUUGCUCCAUUCCUUUUCCUGCUCAUGGACUUUAUUUUUAAUUCAGAAGAUGAGACCUAUUUCUUCUUCCCGUUUUCAUGUUGGAAUCUCUUCCAGAGACCCAUAAUGUUACACCCCCAAACCUCACGUCCUCAUCACCCAAAGUCCUGAUUAAUAAGUUCUGGCUGUGGCACUCCAGAUAUCUGUGAACUGCAUUUCCCAUAAUGCUGGGCCAAUAUUUAGUGCCAAGGAUAGCCAACACUUCUUCCUUGCUUGAAAUCGACUAGUGAUAACUCCUUGUGUCCUGUUUUUUUACAACCAUCAACCCUACGUGCAACUUUAACUAUUCCCUGUUUAAAACACCUAUUCCUUCAUGUACCCUUGUACACUGUUCUUUCAAGCCAUUCCCGUGCAAUGCUUACAUGGGGCCUAUUCACUAAGCUGUGAAUUGUGCAGAACAGACAAUGUGCAAAUUUUAGGCCAAUACUCCUAAACUUGAAAAAUGUGAGUUGCCAUUUUGUCUAAAAACUUCUAUUUUAUUUCUUUGCAAUUCCUAUUUUACUAAAUAAACCCACUAUCUCUCUACAUCUGAAUUCUUCACUUACACUCUAUUUUAACAAAAAUCCACGCAUUCCAGCUUUUUUUUUUACUGAUAAUAUCCCAUAGGCAAGGCCUCCAGGUUAUAAUUCUUCGAUUUUAUAUAUUUACAUACUCAUAAAGCCUAUUCAAUUCAUCCUUGAAAAUAUUCCCAGGAUAAGUGCAUUAUUUUUACCACUAUGGAUGGGUCACUUUGAAACAUAUCUUUUCCCUGUGGAACAUGUUAAGUGUUCCAGUUCAGCCCUCCACAACACUGCAUGACGCAUGACUUCCAUUCUAAGAGGCAGCUAUAAUUAGAGCAAUUGCCGGAGUGAAUGAGGACGGAGGCCAUUCUUACCUCCACAGCCUCUCCUAGUGGCAGGCCUUACAUCACUAUCUGUGAUCACAUUUGUACACUGGGAGUGAUGUCAUGCACAGGGGUUAUAACCUUUGGUCGUGCGCCUCUUCAAUAAUUGAAAGAAAAUCAUGUUCUUUCAAUCAAUGGCGGAUUGCUGUUAAUAUUUACUAUGACGCUCAGACAUCCACCAUAACUCCCAACAGCAGGGUAUACCAUUGAAUGACCAUGGGUUGUCAUGGGUUAAAAGCAUCCUUACAAUUACCAUUAGUAUUAUAUAUAGAGCUCAUGAGGACGUCCAACGUCUUACAAAACCCCACAGGAAAACAUUUAGUUAAUGCUUUCAUAUGGCCUAAUGCGUGCGAGGCACUUGCCGCGCAUGCUCAUUAGGUCCCCAGAUAGUGCUAAUGUCAGAAGUGUUAGGGGACUUCGGCGCUGGAAUUUGGUAAGGGUUUUAGGUUGUUGUUUUGUGGUUUUUUUAACCUUUUUAUAAUGUUUUUUUAUACAGUGGUGAAUUCCCAACACUAUAGUGUUUGUUUAAUUUAUAAAAGUGUUAAUUUCUAUUGAAAUCUGCACUUUUUGUAAAAUGGAAAAAAAAAAAAAAAGGAGGGCACACUCUUGACGCAUAAUGCUUUUCAGCAAGCUAAAGUGCUUUAGGGGUCUGAAGUGUCCCCUUAAUAUAGUCUGGACUGCAUAGAUUCCCAACUAUUUACAACGAUAAAAGCUUGGGUCCUUAUGGUGAUAUCGCUUAAGUGCUAUAGAUCAAACAGUGCUCCUGUAAGGAUCAUUAGAGUUGAUACAAAUAUGGAGGCAGAAACUUUCCCCACUUGUGAAACAUAUAAAUCUCUGUUAAAAUAAAUAAAUAACGAUCAUACAGAAUGAUUCUUGCAGGUAGUGACAAUCCCACAUGCAAAUUGGUUAGAAUUCGUUGUAGUUAAACAUUUGCCUUUGGUGACAUUACGGAGAGUCAGGUAACAGCGUGUUAAAGCGCCUUAAAUUUCUAAAAUCUGUACAGAUAGUUUGAUGCUCUAAUUGCUGUUAGUGUAACAGUUCUUUGAAUUAAUUGUGUGAUUGUAUCACUGGGUGAGUUCGCAUGGACAAUCUUAUCUUCAGUUACCCAGAGUAAGUCUUUUGUUUACUUGCAGCCAUCUCUGUAGAGGGGCAUCAUGGGAAAUUGUGAUCCAGAAUCCCGUAGCAUGCCCGUUUUUUUUCUAGGGUCAUAGUCCUGUUUUAUGUGGUCUCUUUAUAGCAGAUGACACGGUAAUCUAUGCGAGCAAAUCCGAUCUACCGCAGCUUGAGGCUGUGCUCCAAGAUCCGUUUACAGAGGUAGAAAAGUGGAUCGCAAAAAACAAACUCUUCCUAAACACUGACAAAACUGUCACAAUGAUCUUUGGAAAAGUACCUAAAUUACACAAAUUACACAAUUCCCACCUAUCCAUCAAAACAAAUUCAAAUGGCACACUGACCGCAGCCCACUCUUUCAAACACUUGGGUAUGAUGUUAGACCCCAAUCUAUCUUUUGGCCUGCACAUAGAAAAGCUUGCAUCUAAACUUUAUCCAAAACUAGGUGCCCUGUACAGAAACAAAUCCUGUCUAAGCCGUACAAUAAAGGAAAAGAUUGUACAGCAAAUGCUGAUGCCAAUCAUUGAUUAUGGGGAUGUAGUAUAUGCAUCUGCAUCGCAAUCCCACAUUAAUAAACUCAACACAUUGUUUAACUCGUUUUGCCGAUUUCUGCUACAAUGUAAUUACAGGACUCACCAUUGUGACAUACUAAAUAACUAAACUGGCUGUCACUGGAAUCCAGACGCACCCUUCAUCUUUCCAGCCUUGUGUUUAAGAGCUUUUCUGGGAAACUCCCACCCUACCUGAACACAAUACUUUCCCCAGCUGUUCCCAAUUCCUAUAACCUCCGAUCCAGUACCAACACUUUACUUAGUCUACCUCAAUACAAAAAGAAAGCAGUCCGAUCCACCUUCUCCUACAGAGCACCGCAAUUGUGGAACGACCUCCCACACAAUUUAAAAUCUUCCCUAAGCCUAAAGUCCUUUAAGAGAUCCCUCUCUACAUACCUCAAAACAGAAUGCACCUGUCAUGGUUGAUUAUAUAUUUCCUGCCUGUUCUAUGUUAAAUUUUGUAUUUAUUGUGUAUUAAUAUUGGUUUUGUAUUUUAUUGUACCCUAAUUGUAACAAUGCAAUGAUUUGUGGACCCAGGACAUACUUGAAAACGAGAGAAAUCUCAAUGUAUCUUUCCUGGUGAAAUAUUUUAUAAAUAAAUAAAUAGCUGGGCAGUGGCUCCUUUAAGGGUUAAGUCCAUUUUAUCAUGAGGAUACCAGAUCAUGCGCAAUUCUGCUUCAUCUUCGGUGCAAUCCUUCCCAUCCUCUGCAGACAAAGGGUUCAUUCUGUGCUGGAAUUUAAAUGACUUCGAAUUUCCUACACAUCUUAUAGUAGGGUUAAAGGUCCUCCUGGGAUCUUCCUUAGUUAACACUGGAAGCAGAGCUGUGGGUUUGUCUUCCCAGCACAAACAAUGCUUUAAUUUUAUUUCUAAUUUUUUUUUUUUUCUGGUUUGGCGGGAAGGGUGGGUGAUCCAUGUAUUUUACAUAUUUGUUGAUUUUUUUUUUUUUUUUCUUAAUGAAUUUGCAUGUGACUGUCUUAGUGCUGAGCGUGUGGGCAGCUAACAUGACGUACAAUCAUUUACAAAGCUCCUGCUAGUUUGCAACUUUGCAAGCAAAUUAUAAGGUAGUCUGCCCACAUCUCUGUUUUGGGCCUCCGUUACUACAGCAACUGUAAGUUUAAGAGCUCACUCCCUGCUGGAACAAAACCGCCAAAGCGUGGCUGCUCCCCACUACAACUCCCAGCAUCCACAGCCGUUGCCAAGCACUAGAUCAGGGUUGAGUAAAUUGGCUUACAACCAAUCCUCAUGGCAGGCCAAAAACAGACGGUGGCUAUUUGCCCAUUUCUAAUGGAAUUCUUGAAUCUUUCUGAUGUGUAGUGAUACACACAGCUGGCAAGCUUCUCCCCAAAGCUAAGCUAUAUCAUUUUCAUGUUUUAAUUAAAAACUGUGCAGGUCGUACGUGGAAUAUAAACCGAUGUUUAAUUAUUUCUUCAUAUGAUUUGUUUUUCAAUUUAGCUCCCUUGCUAUGAUAAUAUUUCUGCUGGCUUGCUGCUUUUCUUUUUUUAUUGUCCUCUCCCCAUCACUGCUUGUAGGAUUUAUUAUUGUACUUGUGAACAUUAAAUCUUCAGGACAUGUUGCAGCAAAGCUUGUGCAGGCUGUGAAUUAGUGAGGCCGUGGUUCUCUUGUGCCGCACUGCAGUGUGGGAAUGAAAGAUUAAUCUGACCCUCUUCUGUCUGUUUUGCAGGUGGGAGAAUCUGUUCGUUUUCUCCUUGCAUAGAGCAAGUCCAGAGAACCUGCCGAUCCCUGGAGGAACACGGAUUCACCGAUAUCAACACCUUAGAAAUUCUCCUACGAGUGCAUGACGUACGGACUAUUAGUAUGCAAAUUCCCGAUCUCGGGAAACCUUCUGGGGACAGAGCGAGUCCAGCAUCUGAAGGCAACGAGGGGUCCAAACAGAUGUCUGCAUCCCAACAUCCAUGUGAAACAUUCAAAACUGGAGUUCCACCCAGAGAAACAGUGGGUCACACAGGGUACCUGACCUUCGCCACCAAGAAUUUAUUUUAGAAUUUUCCCAGUAGACUGUACAUCUCGCACACGACAAACCCAUAUAUAGCCACGCUUCACUCAAGAAUGCAUUUGUAUAAACAUCAGGCAUACACAGAGCUGGACUGGGUUUGCGUUAGUUUUCCACCGAUGCAAAAUGACAAGUGUGCAUGUUUAUCUGUCAAAAUGUGACAAUAAUAAAACUCUUUACCAUCAUGUGGUGAUCAAUAAUGGAUGGGGGAUCAGCUUUUUGAAACGGUUACUGCAUCUGUUGCAGCAGAAAAAUUGCUUUUGGAUGAAUUAUUUUAUUUUUAUAUUGUACUGCGGCAAUGAAAG